CAAACGCGCGCGCGCGCGCGGCUCACCGACAUACACUUGCGCUCGCGCACGACUAGCCGCCGACACACGCAUACACACUCGCAGCCAGAGGCGGACGCGACACACGCUCGUCAUCGCACGCCGAUCGUACUGUGCUGCACGUAGUAGACACAUCGUCCGAACGCCGAACGCGGGCCCCCCUCGGUUUUGUUUUUUUUGUUUUUUUUUUUUGAAACAGCGUACACACCAUACACGACACACGAUGGCCACGCCGAUCGUAUGCACGCGGUUUAGUGACAACUACGAUCUGAAAGAAGAACUCGGCAAGUAAGUACCCACACCUAUGUGUAUAGCCAAUGCGUACCGUAUUAAUUGUCGUGUUAAAUAAUCGUUAUUAUUAUUAUUAUUAUUAUUAUAAAUACGUCGAUAAUUGAUCGUAGUGGGUACCGCACGUAGAAAAAAAAAAUGCAUAUUUAUAUGCUAUAUAAUUAUUAGACCGGGGGAUUUUUGUUCGCGGCGUUCGUCGGUCGUUUCAUAAAGCUCCGAUCUCCCUGUGUAUAAUAUUGUGAUACAGCCGCGUGUCCGGGUAUAUCCGCGCGCGCGAUCGAUUGUCCUUCGCGGCGUCCGCCAAAAUUCGCGCAGUAUAAUACGCGCUCGUCCCCGCGUUAAAACGACAGCGCGCGAAAUCGCCGCCGGUAGUCCGGCCGACCGACCGUACAGGAGUCCCGGGGCACCGUAAUCCUCGUUUAGGGAUUUCGCACAUAAUAUUCAACGCGUGAAUCGAUAGAGCGUCGCGCUCGCCGGCCGCGGCGUCGUCGGCGGCGGCGGCGGCGGUAUCCAAGUCCGGCGAGCGAACCGACGCGCAUGUGUGUUGUGUGUGCGUGUGUGUAUGUGUGUGUGGGUGUGCGUGUGUGCAUUAUUUUCGCGUAUAUUUACACGCGCAUACACGAUCACACCAACGUACACUCACAUACACACACACACACAUACAUACAUAGCUCACGCACACACACGACGCAUUUGCUUAAUAAUAAUAUUAUUGUGCGUUAGUCGCAAUUAUUUUAAGGUGAAAGUAAGCGCGUACAGUACCUAUAUUAUAGUAAAUAAUACCGCUGCACGAUAAUUAUGCCCUAGGCGGAAACGAGUCGUGUGGCUGUGUUUAUUGGUAUAAUACUACUGCGGUAUACGUCAUGACGUAUAUUAUAACUAUACGUAGGUGUACGUAUAGGUAUAUUAUAUAGUACACGCGCGGCAGUUAUUGCCCCAUACGUUUUACAUGACGUAUAUUACGGCGAGGACCGUAGGGAUAUUUCGACUGACGAACCGCGAGCUGCAGCGCGACGUCUAUACAAAAUUAGAUCAGGUCAUCGGGGCCGCUUUCCACCACCCCCUCGCCCGUGCCACGUCCCAAGCCUGUCCCCUAUACACACACACACACACGCACACGCACACGUACACGUACACACGUACUAUACAGACGCUUACACCCCGCCGUCGUCUUCAUCGGCCCGUUCCGCUUUUCGUCGCGUACGCCACACUGCGCGGCGGCGGUACGUUAAAUUGUCGUAAUGCACGUGCUCAUAAAUCACGUGCCGUCGUUUUUGGACGUUACCGCCGCCGCCGCCGCCAACAACGGCAACGGACAACGGCACGACAAACCUCCGAAAACGGACGAGGUGUAUAAUAUUAUUGUUAUUUUUAUCAUUAUUAUUAUUAUUACACGUAUUUGUGAACGGGCGCGUUUUCACGCCGCGCGUCUUAUUAUUAAUUUCGGUAUUAAUGCGCGUGGGCGCCUGCGAUGCGUGUCGAGCGACGUUUUCGCGACGACGACCGAGGCACAGUGACCUAAUCGGGCGUCCGUCGUCGUCGUGUGCAUUAUCGCCAAUCGCUUCAAUAACGCGCGUCCUCCUACAGCGUGAGCCGAUAAUACUACAGCACCGUAUUAUUAUAGUGUUACGUAGGGUGCCGGGGCGAAUUAGCGCGAAGCCCGCGGAGUGUCGCAGACAACGCGUAUAAUAAUAAUAUAUAGUACACGCUUUAUAUAUAAAUAUAAUAUAUAUUUCGUUAUUGUAUCCGUACGAUGACGGUAGCUAUAUGUAUUUAUUAUCGGUGCGUACCGCGAGCGCGAGCCUAUAAUUGAUUGCGGUUUGCCGUCCGUAUUGUUGUCGUGCGUAUGAGCGGCAGCCGCGGUGUCGGACGCGCGACAUUGUAACGCGGUAAGGCGGUGUGACGGUAUUAACAUCCGAAGAGGUUAUAGGUAUACCGCGCGUAUAUAUAUAUAUAUACAUGUAUUUACGCGAAAAAGUUGGUCGCGCUGACGGGACGACGACGGGACGUAGGUGGAGGACGGGAGGCCGGGUACGACUAGGGCGGCACGAUGUCGGUGUCUCGAAGGGGUAGCGGGUGGGUUGUGCGGGGUCGAUGUCAAUUCGUGUUGCUUGUCAUUGUUGGACAACCGGGUGUUAGGUUUAUCGAACUUCUCGUUCGCUCUCUCUCUCUCUCUCUCUCUCUCUCUCUCGCUUUCUCUCUCUCUCUCUCCCACUGUAUCUCUCUCCCGUCAUCUCGGUUUUCUUCUCCUACUUCAGUGUUUUAUACCACCGCCGCCACCCCUCUCCUUUUUACCCUUCUGCGUGUAGUAUUAUUCGCUCACAUACACACACACACACACACAAACAGACGCGAUAGUAAUAAUACGAUUUUGCGAAUUUUAGCAAGCAUGCGCCUUUUAAUAGUCCUCACACACACACACUAUAUUAUAUAAUACAACGCUAUACAUUUUUCUACGGUACACUCCAUAAUAUGCGCAUCACUACAUACGCGAAUCCUUAACCUUCCUCGCCGCGCACAUACCCGUCAUCGCCCGGCGCCCGCACUCUGCUCAUUACGUCCCGUGCCGCAGACCGCAGCGAGUUUUCCUUUGUUUUCCUCGUACAUUUUUUUUUUUUUUUUUCUGUUUUAUCUUUCGUAUACACCGACCCGGCGGUAGCGCUGCACAAGAGCAAAUCGAUACCACUUGCGCGGUGCGCGUCGUGUAAUGCAAAUCCGAUUAGCGGAGCGGUUUUUGUUCUCGCCGUAUACGCAAUAUACAUAUUAUACAGUGAUGUGUGUGUAUGUGUGUUUGUUGUAUGUACAGUAUAAACUCCGCGAGAUCGCGAACCCCUCAGGCGCCACCCUUUACACACACACACACACACACAAACUAUUAUACCGCGAUGUAACCGUACACUACCGCAGCAAACCCGGUGCGGUAUAAAAACCCCCGAAACCGUACCCAUUGGUCUUUCAUCAAUCAAACUCCGCUGCCGUGUCGGCGACCGGCGGCGGCAUCGAGCGUGCCGCGAACAUCGCACCGUCGUCAAGCGCGUUCGUCUCGUUGACGGUACGCGUCCAAUUAUUACGCGGCGUAUUACAUAAUAUCGCGUAUCGAUACGUAGCGAGAGUGCAGUCAACGGGAAUUUUGUUAAACGUAUUAUUAUUUCGCGAGUCGCGCGCUCUAUAACUGUUGCAACGUGAUCGUGUAUACAUCAUGCACAACGCCCGCGAAGUUUUGAUUCGAGUAAAAUCAAUUCGCAUCUGCUGUCGUUAUGACGACAGUUUUGCAUUAUGAUGCUGAACCUUUCGGACGACCACCUCCGAGAGCGAUAAAUCAAAAUCGCCGUUGCCUAUAAUAAUAUAAGCCGCAGAGCGAGUCGGAUCGCGAGCGAAUUGAACACCGUGCUGCGGUGAAGUAUUUUCGCGUGGUUCGGGGGGCGGGGGGGGGGGCGUUUAACUCGGAAAAAUACAAUUUUUUUUACGCUUUUUUCGUAUUUAUAGUUUUAAAUUGUUACCUGCAGCUGGUGGUAAUAUUGUCGUAUCAUCGACACGUCAUUUAAAUUACAUACCAGAAAAGAUCGUGUCUGAUAUGAUGAGCUAUGUAUAAAUAUGUUAUAAUAUUAUAUUGAAAAAUAUAAUAGUUAUUGUUUGUCAGUGAAACGUGAUUUUGGAACCGCAGAAGCCGAAACAUAUUUUUAAAUGCUUAGUAUAAUUUGUUUUAAAAAUAUUUUUUUUUAUCGGACAACUGAAAUAAAUAUUAUACAUUAAAUCAAUAGAUAUUGAAUACAAAAUAAAUAGUCUAAACAAUAAAAUAAUUUUUUAUUUUAAUACCGUUACAGUUUAUUCGACAAUUGUUGAAAAAAAGUUUAUUACAAUAGAUUUUGAAAUUCGGAAAGUAGCGAGGGAUCUAUUGGUUUUUUACGGUUAUGUUUUUUUUAAUUUUUUUGUUUAUGAGCCUUUUUUCUACCAACAAUUUUGCUUCCGUGUAUCACAUUUAGCACCUUUUAUGAAAGUCAGAAAAAAAUGAUCGGAAAAAAGGCAAAUACUUAAGGCGCGUUACCAAUUUUAUUGAUUAUAAUUUUUACCAACUAUGUUUUCUAUCAGAAAUAUUGUUCUAAUAGAAAAACAACAGAGGCAUUUUUUGUUGCAUUUUAGAUUUAAUUGUUCACGAAGAACGUAUUUUUUUAAUAACUCAAGUAAAUUUUAUAAUAAAUGGAAAACCAGAAAAAGUCAGAAAAUAAAAACUAUUAAAUUUACGACGUCGGUUCCUUUAUUUUAAAUUCGUAUGGCUUAUGUUUUCCAUCAGAAAUAUUACCCCAUUAGAAAAACAUUAAAAGAAUUUUUUAUCUAGUAGGUGAGUAUGAAAAUCGUUUUUUGAUUUCCCCUGUAAUUUUUUUUAAUAAUUGAACACAACUGAAAAAAAAACGUAGAAAGAAUGGGAAAUAAGGAAUUCAUUUUGUUAAAUCUUGAUUUUUUUUUAUAAUUUAGUUUAAAAUAAAUACAGAGACUUGAAAUUUUGACAAAAAACAUAUAGGUGUUUGCCUUUUAUAGACGUGGUAAAAUUUUAAAAACAUUUGAGUCAUUUGUGAGCAAUUUAUAGAUAUUUUGUUUUUUAUUUUUACGCGGUUCUUAUUUGGUAGGUACUCUAUGAAUAGAAUUGUUAGACUAAACAUAAAUGUUUAAAAAUCUAACAGGAGGUUCAUUCUACGUCAUAAUUAAUAAUAAAACAAAACAAAUUUUUUUAUGAGAAUUUUAAUAUCUUAUUAUGACGAAAACCGUAAAUAUUACAGCCUUUCAAAAUAUGUACAACUGAACUUUGUUCCGAAUCGUUUUUCGUUAGCUAUGGUUCAUCGUUGGUUACACUUAUAAAUGAAAUCAUUUUAUGUAUUUUACCUUCUUAACAUCCCAACUAUAAUAACAGUAGUACUCCCUUUCUCGUUGUUCCAUCGUCCUUGUCACUUUCGACCUAACAAGAAACAUCCGUCUAUAUUUAUCAUACCCACGAAUGAUAAAAUCUGGUAAAUACGCCGCCGCAUAGUUUCCGUCCGAUGUUUGUAGACGUUUGUGCACGUUUAUCGGAUUCGAGCGUUUUUCAAUCGAAUCAGCCACAGAAAAAUCGCCAUCGUCUUUAUUAUUUUGGAAAUACAGCACGACUUACAAAACACACCACCGCGGACAAUUAUAGGUCAGUCACGAGCCGUGUCUUCGUUCCCGGAGUUUUUCGGUAGGGUAGGGAAAAGAUGGAGAGGGGUCAACACACGCAAUAUCGAUCGAAUUCGUAUAUAAAAAAUAAUUAAUAACAUAGUAUUGUUUUUUUAGUAUAUAUGACCUUAAUUCCCGACAAUAAUAGUCCCUCGGGUGAAAUUAUUAUUUCGUCCCCCCGUUCGAUACUGACGAUCGUCAUAGUAUUGUCAACGUCCGGCGAAUUUAAUACUCGAAGAGUUAUGGUUAUUAUCAUUAUUUGGUUUUCCUUUUUUGUUACUCGGGUUCGAGUUUCAACAAUAUAAUUAUAAAAAAAAAAAAAUAAAAAAAAUGAAAAUUAGCAUCGUUAUUAUUGUUAUUGCGCCCUUUCGUCUGGACAGCGGAUUAACUGUUUGAAACGAGCCACAGACGAACUUGGAAUCAUCUGAUUAGCUCUUGUCGUGAAGUUGUGAUGAUGCAUAACAUCUUAACUUUAUAAUACCGAUAAAUACUGAUAAUCUACAGGUUUGAUCCAAACCUGGCAGAUACUGCUCCAAGGAAGUUAUAGCUAGGUGUUUCAAGUGCAAGCCUAGAACCUGUUUGAUGGAAAACCAUUUCGACGGGUGUAGGUAUAAAGUAGGUGGAAAAACGCAAACAAUUUAGUUUAUGAUCGUCGGAAAAGAACUACCGGAAGGUAUAUGGAGUUCUAUAAUGAUAAAUAGGUAUAUCUAUAAUUAAAACGAAUAAAAUGCCAUAUAGAAUCAAUUUUCUGAUUCCAUUUACGUUUGUGGCUUGUUUCGUCUGUUUCAAGUGAUAUAGGGUAUUAUAAAGGUGCAGUUAGGGAAUCGAACAAUUUUGCGUCUUUAUUUACAAUCCACGUGUCAAUUUUUAUCAAUUCACGUAUUUAAGACGUUUUAGUCGGUAAUCGGAGAGGCGGGGUUAACUUUAAGACGCUUAAACUUUCGGUUCUACUCAAAAGAGCAAUUUCACAGCUGUCAAUAUAAUAUAUAAUAUUAUAGUAUAAAAUACAACCAUCAAUCUCUAUCUAUAUUAUUAUACAGCAGGUACUCGUAUUACAUUUCGACAUUUUUUUUUUUUUAUCAAUAUCGUUUUUCGUUUUUCGUACGAAUGUUUUCAUUAUAUUUUUACACCACUAGAGAUGCGCUUGAAAUACAAUAAUACAUUUUAAACAAUCGGUUUUGGAAUAUAAUAUUUCUUUACCAAAAUUGCGCCGUUUUUAUCACAUUCCAGAGCAUUUUUUAAUGAGAUUUUCUGUGACCAGACGGAUACCUAGUAAAGUCCAUCGGACACUAAGUUGAGUAAGAGUUUCCUUACUGUGUGUUCACUAGAAAGUAAAUAGUAAAUUAUUGAAUGAGUUAAUUUUGUAGGUAGUAAAAUAUUAUAUUUUAUAGAGAAAUUAAUCUUACUAGAAAGGAGUUUGAGUAACGGGGGAAAAUACAGAAAUUAUGGAGGUAUGAUCUUUCUUCUCAUAGAGAUUUUUUUUAAGGGGGAGAGGAGUGAAAAACCAGUAGAUACUCACUAGAAAAAUGCUCUAUCGAAUUCGCCUAAUAAUUUGUGUUAUUUAAUAAGGAAAAUUGUGUGGAUUUUUCAAAAAUAAUAAUUAUACAGUAGGUACAGUAUAAAUGUAUAAUGCAAUAACGUAAUAUUUUAUUAUGUUUAACAAAAAAAAAAAAAAAAAAAUCAAUAAAAUAUCGCAAACUUGGAAGUCUUAAAAGUAUAUUUUCAAACCUUUUUGUUCCGUAAACAGUUUGAUGUAGAGGUGCGAUAAGACCAAUAAUAAUGCAUCGCGUUUUUUGUGUUCCGGAACACGGUAAUCAUAGCAAGUCGUUAUUUUUAUUUUCAACGCCUUUCGGUACCUACUCAUGAAUAUCAUAACCGCUAUUAAAUAUAUGAAUAUGGGUACGUCAAGUAUUCAAUUGCGAGUGGUUUAAUUUUAGUAAUUUUAAUUAUUUUUUGCAAUGAGAAUAAUAAUUAUAUAAUUAAUUUAAUAAAAAAUGGAUUUUCCGAAUAUAAUGAAAACAUAAAAUAAUUAGCGGAAUUCUUCCCGGCUUUGAGCUACGCUUAUAUUACAGCCGUGAAAUUGAAGCAAACAAAUCUCGUUUUGAUUUCAAAUGCGUAUAAUGUAUACUUCAGAUUGUGAGCGCUGCGAAGAAGUUCUUAUAGUUUUACUGAGAUAUCUAUUUUUCACGAAAAACAUUCUUUCGUGAUUAAUACAAAUGUUGAAAAGAUGCAGAUUUUUUACCCGACAGUAUUUUAUUUGAAACAUUUUUCGAAAUUCUCAAAAAUUUCACCCCUUGGUUCUGUUCUUUUCUGGAAAAUUACUUUUUUGAUUUUUAUAAAUAUUAAAUAUGCUAUUAAAAUUAUUCAUAUUGUACUUUAUUUAAAGAUGCAGAUUUUUCGCACGACGGUACUUAUUUGUUUGGUCAACAAAUUUAAAACUAACAAAAAUAUUAAUGACGGUACAUAUUGGUUGAUAUCUUUGUUAUCUUGACUACAAGGAAAAAACUCUUAUUAUACUAUAAGUCUAUAAUCGAGUUACUCUCAAAAUUAGGUUUUUUGAUUACAAUCAUUUAUCAUUGAUUUCAGUAUAUAAACUAAAUCGCCCUGCAUAUCCUAUACCUUCCGAACUUUGCAACUUCAACAGUGGGUUAAACGUAAUGUGAAAAAAGGUCGGUUUUCAAUUUUUUUUACAAUGCAUUAAUAAACAUUCGAAAUUGUAUUUGCGUUAUAAAAGAAAACACAAUGUCCAAAAAUAGUGCGAAAAGAAUAUAAUAUACAAUAGACACAAUACAGCGUAAGAUUCUCUAUUUUCGGGGGAAAUUCGGCAACCAUCAGUGAACGUUUAUGAGUACUUGCAGUUACUAUAAUUUCGAAUGUACGAUAUUAGGUAUAUUAUAAUAUAUUAAUUAUCUUUUUCUCGCUAAAUACCUAGUAUAAUAAUUAUAGUAUUAUAUAAUAUAGUUAGCUACGUAUUAUAAAUUAUUAUUUAUUAAAGUGUUCGGUUAUAAUAUAUCGUUUCGCAAAGUUGUAUUAAACAAAAUAGGCGGGAGAACAUUUGAUUCUAUCGUAACGAAGCUCCACUACUCACGGGUAUUUUUAAUAAUAUACUUACAUGGCUAUAUUAUUAUGUCCUAUAUUAUACGCAUAUAAGAAAAAAAAAAUUAAAUUAAAAACCCGCUUCCUCCAUUUAUGUAUAUAAUGCUUUAUACCAACUCGUUUUAACAGAUUUUCCUUUUAUUUUAUUUUUUUCUUCUUGUGGAAAUAGUAGAAAGUUAUACAACAUACAAGUACAAUAUACGGAAAAUAACGGAGAAUAUACUUUUAUUAUUAUUACUCUUAUUACACAUUAUGUAAGUAUUAACGUUUCAAUAAACUUUUUUGCAUUUCGGUAAAUAUUUAAGGUUUGAACCCGAUGACCUACAUAACGCACGAAGGGUAUAAAAAAACAUAUAAUAUACUGAACUAUAUAAUUGAAUAUUAUAUAGAGACUUUUCCUUUUUUUACGUUUAUACCAUACACGUCUUUUUCGUAUUUGAUCGUUCGCUUUUUAUUGUUAUAAAAAAAAAAAAACCUACGAAUAUAUUGUAGUUGUCGAGCGGCGGUGGGGUUCGUACGUACAGGGGACGGAAACACCCCUCUAGAUUUUUGAUACCAGGCUAAAAUAAACAUAUCCAAUAUCCUAAAAUUAAUUACAUGGGCAGCUGUUGUGUUAACAGGACUAUUUUUCCUACUAUUACGACAAAUUUAUUUGUUUCUACCUAUCAUGCCUCUAUAUUUUAAGAACUUGUAAGUAAAAACGCCAUAAGUCCGAAAAAUUAGUUAAAUACAUCAAACAAAUCGUAAAUUUUAGAAUUUUUAGAUCAAUAUGCUGUAAGUCAAAAAUAUCGUCUUACAGAAAGACUAUUAGCAAUAUUUGUUUUCACAAAACGCUGUAAAUGGUUGAAAAAUUAAUUUUAAGUAUAGAUAAAAACGCUGUAUAUUAAUCAUGCUAAGCAAAAAUUCUGUAUUUUCAUCAAUAUAUACAGCGUUGUUUUUGCUUAGUAUGUAAUAAAAAAAUAAUAAUGUAUGCCAUUUAUACUUAGUGCAGAUUGUGGUCUUGCUGAUCGCAAUGUGACACAUGUAAAAUAUUAUAUUUGUAAGUUGUAACCAAUAGACCAUCAAAAUAUAUAAUAAUAUGAAUAUAUAAUAUAAAUUAUAAAUAUAUUUAUAACAUAAAAAGUUGGACAAGUACUUUAAAAUGUAUUCAUGCAUAUUUAUUUAUAUUGCAUUAAUUAUCAAGUAAAACUACAUAUGAAACUCCAUAUCAUAAUUUGAGAAGUAAAAUGUACGAGGUUUUAUGAAUUUUAGAAAAUCAAAAUAUAAAAAUCAGUUUCCUCAAAACCGUUCUCUAGUGGCUCACGGCGUUUUUGCUCAUGCGGGCUUAUGAGGAAUACAAUACUUGGAUUGAAUUUUCAGUAGAAUUUAAGGCUGUAUUCCCAUGGACUAUUAUUAAUAUUACAAACGUUAUUGUUUGUGGUUUUUACAUUUGCGUGUUUAUAUAUAAAUAAACAAUUUAAUCAUUGCAGUUUCUACCUGCCGUUUAGCUGAACAUAAUAUUAUCUACGUCGUAUUAUAAUAACUAUAUUAUUUAUACUUAGUGUCGUAUAUUUUAUAUAGGUAUCAAUUUUUAUGAUAUGAUAACCGUUCAUUUUCAACAAACAAAAAUAUUAUUUUAAUAUUAUACAACGGGUUGGGAGCUAUCCCCAAAAAAUAUUUAUCGUAUAUUCAUAAAUUUUAUAAUAGUAUAAUUUUAUAUCGGAACAACUGCGUAAAGCCAAAUUUAAAUAUUAAAAAUGGACAAUAUACCGGGGUAACAAAACAAACUAAACGUGUACAUAUUAUCGACGUGACCCUAUUGACAAAUUACUGGACAAAAUAUUCCUUUCUAUCGGGACACGCGUGACAUUACUCCGAUCGAAGAACGGCCGAGGUGACAAUAAAAUAUGUAGGUACCUACAAUUCAAAAAAAAAAAAUAAUAAUAACCCCGACACCAUACUUCAUGUGUUAUAUUAUAUUAUAUUGUUCGUCGUAUAUCGAUCGAUUUAAAAAAAAAAAAAAAAACACUCGUGCGCAGCAGAACUCUGUCGUACUAGAGUCGAAUUUCCCUCUUCCCCCCCUAUUUUGUAUCGUAGACAGAGGCAAAUUUUAUUUUGUAAUCCUAUUAAACUUAUCAAAGAGAAAAAAUAUUUUUAAGUACUUAUUUAACAUAACUACUAGAAAAAAAAAAUUAUAUAGACUGAUACUAAACAAUAAUUAUUGGUUAUGUUCAUAAACUUCUAGACAUGAAAACAGUAUACCGAUACAAUAUUUAUUAAAAUGUAAUCUAUCACCAUGUUUUCGAAUGCUUUAAAUGGUACAAAACGGCAUAGGGUACAGUGAUCCUUAUUUUAUGUUGAGCCUUUCACAUUAUAUUGUUGUCUUAAACAAAAAAACAUUUUUAAACCAUAUAGUUUACUCAUCAUUAAUUUGUCAAACUAAAAGAUGUUUUCUCGCUUCACUCGGAAACUAACACGGCUUUCUUCAAUAUCAACAAUAUCAUUAUAGCACAAUAGCAACAUUAAUAAUUAUAUUCACUUUAGGAGUUAUAUAUGACAUAAUAUAUAAUGUACGACUUACAUAUUAGUUUUCUCAACGCCUAAACAUAAUAUAAUGCAAUUUAAAAUAUCAAUGGACACAUUAAUUAUAUUUUAGAACUUCGUGGUAAUCUGACACAAUUAAAAUAUAAUACCUAUACAAAUAAUAAUAAGUAUGUCGGUAAUUUCGAAUUAAAAUAGUUUCGUAAUUCAUAUUAUAGCGAUAUAUAUUAUGAAAUUAAAUAAACAAUUUAUCAACCCUCUAUAUUAAUAAGGGACGGAGCGCACCUGUUUUUUUCAUACGUUUCAGACCAAUAAGUGACGAUAAAUUAUAGAUAAACUUCUCAAUAUCUGAUUUCAAUUUUUAAAGUUGCAUAGAUAUGCAUUUUUUUUUUUUACAAAUUUUUAAGUUACUCGGAAAGCCUUUUUUUUAGUUUUCAACGUUUAAAAAUUAAAACAUUAUUUUUGAUGAUUACGUGAUAACUAAAGAUAAUUUGUAUUUAUUUUGAAUACAAUUGCGAAUUUUAAAUCGAAAAAUCUUCAAGAACUUAGACAUAAGUCGAUUUUUCUAUAAAUCUAUACGUACUUUAACAAUUGAUAUCGGAUGUUUAAAAGUAUGUCUAAUUCUCUACAUUUUCUAAUUGAAUGCAGUUCCGUAAAUAAUGAUAAAAAUAAUAUUUACUCGAAUUUUGGUUCAACUUAAAGGCUUCUGAUUAUGUCUUCUCUUAAGUGCGGUCAAAGUUAGAGGGGCUGCGUGCUAUUAUUUUAACCUCUGUGCGAUAGUCUCGAUUUUCGAGAAAAAUUCGAUCUAUAUAUUAUCUUAUAUACUAUCUUAUAUUUAUUUAUACAUAUAUAUAUAUAUAGGCAUAUUUGAUCGUAUACGACAAUGAUUUCAAUCGAAAUUGUGAUAACAAAAUAACAGUUCAUCAUCGUACAUCCAAACGAGCGCAAGAGUUUUAAAUUCGUAUAAUAUACAUCUGUGGUUCGACGCGAGAAAUUAAAAAUAAAUAUAAAAAAAAAAAAAAAAAAAUUAAAAAUUGAAAAUAUUAGCAGCCGAGAAAAAUAAAUGCAUUUCCAAAAAUCUAACGUAAAAGUCCACGAUUUUUUUUUUUUUUACGAAUAACUUUGUUUUUUCCCCCGACUCAUCGACAUAUAGUAAUAUUUCGUUGAUACCGGAAUACCGCACACAACCACAUACGGAUAACGUCGUUAUGUACGCCUUAUUAGUUCGAGUGCUUUUUCGACGUGUUUCAAUUCGGUUGACAUCCGUCGGCGUAUACAUACACACAUACAUACGUAUACAUUGUUUAUAUGUAAUAAUAAUAAUAAUAUACACGAAGUACUCGUUGCAGUGAGUACUUCGUCGUUCGCGAAUCAUUUGAUUUGUCAAUUUGUUCCGUACGCGUUCGUCAAACGCCGCGCGCACGUACAUGCCAGCGACGACGCGACGUCCCGAGGACUAUAUUAUUAUUAUUGUUAUUAUUAUAUGGUCGUAGGACUUCGGAGGCGACGGCGUGAGGGGAAGCCGGCCGUGAGAGGGAGAGAGAGAGAGAGAGAGAGAGAAAAAGAGCAUUUAUAUAAUUGGGCCGGUCGUAAGGAUUCGAGAAACGAGAAGAUAUUAAUACAUACGCGUAUUGUGUCGUACAAUAGGGUCGACCGCUAAACGGGAAGGCUUUGAUUGUACGCCACCGCCGCCGCACCGUUGGUUUUCGCGUGCGCGCCGCAACACACACACACACAUCACUCAGAACCCGCGGAGGUGAGCGCGUAAUUGAUUUUCUCGUUGUAGUUUAUUAUUGUUGUUGUUUUUUUAUUAUCAUUCUGCCGCGGCCGUUUUCCAUUUUCUCCGUACUGUUUUCGUUACCGCCGGACUGAGGGACGAGCUGUAGUGCUCCCCGGGCACAGGCGCGUUUAAUAUUGGUUGGUUCGCGUGACGCACACCGCGGAAAGUAACGAAAAAAAAAAAAAAAAUAAUAAUAAUAAUAAUCAUAAAUUAAGAAAUCGAUUACCGAAAUUCGGUAAACUCGUAGCGUUAUAACGGACGUGCGUGCCACUACCUUUUCCGGCGCACUUGUUUCCCUCAGAUCCUGUAUACAAGUGUGUUUUAUACUGUACAAGUGCAUAACCCUGAACCCGGUGCGCUGGCCGUAUCGGCCAUCCGGUCGGCAGUACCUAUUGAGACUUGUCUAUAGAUAAACGUAUUCUAUAAAGAUAUACUUUUUUCAAUGGUUGGCGUUUACGAGCUGAAAACAAACGGACAUUGUACUUCGCACGAUGGCUGGAUCACUAUUACAGAAGUCGGGAAGGAAGAGGGAAAAUUUAAUGUGCAUGUAUCUCAAAUAUAAUACCUGUAUAUGCAACUAUGUACUAACCAUUGAUAACGAAAAACGAUUUAACACGAAAACCCCUUGGGAAAAUCAAAAAAUGGAUUUUUUAAAGUAUUGUUCCGGUCAAAUUUCCUUUCAGAAAAAGUGUCAUACAUGAAAAUCGGAGCAAAAUGUUUGGUAGAAGUUAUUUACAGAAAACAUAAAUAAAUUUCAUUGUAAAACCAACACAUUCCUCACCGCGCUCAGAGUCUAAUAAAACUUAAAAUUAAGUUUAAAGAUUAAAUUAUUUAAAACUAAGUGAUAUACCGAUUCAGGUUCCCGUGUACAGUUGCUCCCAAAAACCUUAGAUUCGUUGAGAAUUUAAACAAAUUGUUUUAUCUAUAAGUAAGUAUGAAUAAAACUGUAUAACAGAUGUUAAUACAUUACUCGUUAGUUUGAUAAUUUAUAUGAUUAUAUACGUUGUAUAAUAAAAUGUUAUAAACAAAUGUUUCUGUUUUUUAUUUUGUUUUAUGUUGUUGGCCCAUUAUCCAGGUAGAUUUGUAUUAUUUUGUCUAGAUAAAUUCGUAUUAAUCUGUGUAUCAUCACUGCCGUUUGGCAAUCGUUCGAUUUCAACAAUAUUUCCAACACGAAAGUUGUACACACCGUACUCCGGUAUAUACAAUCGAAUUCGCGCUUCCGAACGACGUAACUCGACGUCUUUACCCGUGUAAUCGUGGUUAACACGUGGUGUUUAAUCCGAAUUCGUCCGAUAAUCGGGUGAAAACAACAAAUACAUUGUUGUCAUGCGAAACGCAUUGUUCCUGCGCGUAAUUGAUCGAGCUGAUCACGCGGUCUUGACCGAUUCGGGCUCAUCGCGGGAAUAGAGUGUUUUUAGGACGGAGACGUGUACGAAAUUCAUCGAUAUAUUUAUUAUAAUAUUAUAUUAUCACCUCGAUAUACCUGUACGAACAGACGACCCAAAAACCGGAAGAGUCCGCGAUACACGCAGGAUGAGCAAGGCGGACAAAAGCCACGGGCCCCCCACAACCGAUGGGGGCCUUAGCAUUGGCCUUGACCAGAGCCCAAGGCAUUAUUGAAGGACACAGGUGAGGGUCUUUUUGAAUGAUCCUUUUUUUUUUAUGCUUAUCGAAUCGGCUUUUAUACUGAGUAUUUUGCCACGGGCAUUAGAAAUUUUACGUUACGCUACUGGAUACAUGCCCGUGCCCCGUCGCCGUGCGCUCUCUGAAGUUUUGCGGUGUGGACGCGCCUUUAAUGCCGUGCCGUAUUGCCGCGUGUACCGUGCCAGCGAGUGUCUUUUUUCGCCAUUUGGCAGUCCCGCGGUAGUCGACCGCAAUCGUAUUUUUAAACCUCGUCGACCGUCGCGCCGCCCGCCAAGUCGGCGCAUACACAUACACACACACACAAAUAUAUUUAUAUACACACAUACAUACAUGUAGGAUAUUAUUAUUAUUAUUAUGUCGUUGGGCGAGCACUGUACAACCUGCCGUAAACCGUACAUGCAAUACGCGUUAUAGAAAUCGCAGACAACGGGACUUGUAUUGUUUUAUUUCUUGUACCAUACGCAUCGAACGAUUUAGCCACGAGACCUGGUGCGUUUACAAAACAAAUAUUUCGGGGGCGGAUUAAGGUUGUACAUUUUCAUAGUCACAUAACAAAGAAGUUUACAUACUUUCCAAUUGUAGGAUUAUUAAAUUUUUCAUUAAAAAUGUCAAUAUUUUAUAACAUUCAUUUUUAGCCUUCUAGGUGUAUCUACUAUUACUAAAUUUUAUAUUUAAUAUUUUUUUAAUGAAUACAGCCUAAAUGAUAACGUAAUUAAUAUUAUUGUGAUUAUAAUUCAGACUAUACCAUAUCGCCGUAUUAGAUAUAAUUUUUUAAAAGUAAGAAAACUACAAAAAAUUAGAAAUGAUAAUAAUAACAAUAUAUUAUAUAGGUACUCAUACUUACUAUUUAGUAAUAUAAUAUAAAUAAAACAAAAAACUAUUGUAUUUAUCUUCCUCAUCGAGAGAAACCACUUUUGAGACUCUAUUAAAAAUCUAUAUAAAUAUGCAAUUUCGUGGACGGGGGUUUAAUCCCUAUACCCUCCUUUCCUUUGUACCGUUAGGUUAUGUUAGGUUGCUGCACCUUCGCGAGAUCAGGACACGUCUUCGGUUCUCCUUCCAUGAUUACAGGAUGACACAAAUCCGCGGACAAACGUAAUGAUUUUUGUCCCUGUGACUAAUCGGCGAAUGCGGUUUUCCAUAACAAAAUCUAUUUCGGUUAAGUUCGGACAUGUGCUCACGAAGCGAACGAAUAUAAAUGGCAAUAUUGAAUAUUGAAAUAUUUAAUGUGAUGUAUGUUCAAUAAGUCUUUUUUUUAUCCUUACCAGACGUGCGGGUUAUUGGCUAUUCGCAUAUUGGUGUAAUACGAUUAUAUGCAUUUAACUAUAGGUACAUUAUAUUACAUCUGAAAAACACAAUUCUAUUGUGCACCAAAAAAGAAAAAAGAAGUUCACAUUUUUCUGUCUUUCGGAUUGAUAACCAAUAUUUCAUAAUGUUAUCUUAGUUUGAAAAUUAUAAUUCUUUUUUAGGUUUUGAGCGAGGAAUUUAUAUCGCCGUUAUUAUUAGUUUUUUUUCUUUUUAUAUGUGUGUGUUUGUAAAUAACUUUUCGAUCAGAAAUUUUGCUCCAAUCAUCAACAUCAAGGGUUGUUUUUGAAGUUAAAUUGUGUCUAUUUAGUGCAUUGGAAAGGCCAUUUUUCGAUUUUCUUAGUAAUUUUCUAAAAAGUUUCAGAUUUUGUUGUAAUUUAGUAAAAAAUAAUCGUAGAGAUUUGAAAUAUUCACCAAAUACUUAAUCAACACAUUCUAGACAUAGACAAAUUUUUAAAAACAUUCUAGUGAGUUAUUUAUAGCUAUUUUAAACAUUCAAAAUUUUUUGGUCGAUACAAAUUAUAUUAUUAGUUUCGUAUAGUUUCGUAUGUAUCAAAACGCGUUUUACCGAAUUCCAUUCAGAAUAGCUUAUUGUUUGCCACGAUUUAUUGUAAAAAUUAUGAAUUUAUUUUAUAAAUAAAAUUUAAAAAUUGUUUUUUUUUUUUUUUUGUGCACAAUCUCGUGUUUUUCUCAAAUAUGAAAAAGUAAAAAGUUCGCAAUCGUGUUUUACAGACUUCCUGGAGAGAUCGGCGAACGCUAUGUUCCUGAAAUUGAAUAGACUUAGAAAUCGAUACAUGCGAAUGGCGAUACAUAAUAUUAUGAUGAUUUAUAUUAUAUACGCACUCUAUAUAUUUUUUCUCCUUCAUUCACCCCUGUCUAAUCCCCUUCGCAAUUCACGAUGACGAAUCACGGUCUACGUCAUUAAUUUCUCAUCUCCAAAAGAGAGUAUCGAGCCGUAAAUUCUGCUGUCGCACUCAAAAAUUCAGUUCCGGACCGAUAAAUAAUAAACUUUACGGUAUAUUAUAUACAUUACUCUUAAAAAUUCACAUACUCGUGUAAUAACAUCCGACUCGUUCAAAAACCCCAAAACACCUAUACUUAUACAUAUAUAUUUAUUUACCGAAGCCCGAUAUCAAUGAAUAUAAUAAUGUAUUAUCAUAAAAUUAUCGAAUUACUGUUAUCGUUUACAAAAAAAUAAUAACUAAAAGUAAUAUCCGCAUUGCGGUGAAACGUGUAAAAAAUAUAACUCAAAAUAAGAAUGUUAUUUAAUAUUAAUAUAAUAUUAAAAUAUAUCGUUUGUAUUUUUAGUUAUAUUUUGUACACGUUUUUCCGCAAUGUGGAUGUGGAUGUUACUUUUAAUUGUUAUUUUUUUAUAAACGAUGACAGUAAUUCGAUAAUUUUAUGGUAAUAUAUAUUAUUAUAUUCAUUGAUAUAAUAUGCGUUCACUGUGAUAAGCAAAAGUCUAUGUUUAUCAUCAUUGAUAUAAAUAAUAUAAUAGUAUUUAUUUUGAUGGAUUUAAAGCAUAAUAUAUAUUUUUUUUUUUAGAUACUUAAUUAUUUUCUAGGGAAAGACAUGUCCCCAAUCCUGCCCCCUCACCAAUGGGCGCCCAAGGUUAGACUUUUACAGCGGGCGUUACUGAAAUAUUCCAAGUUUUAAAAAAGUGUAUUAGCGUAUGAGUGCUUAAAUAAGAGCAAAUCACGUAUUUUAAUGACAGGACUUUUCAGGACUUAGGUCCGAUUAAUCUUAUGACACUACACGUAUUCUGAAAACCGCUUUGAAUUCAGGGUGAAGAGUACAAGAGAUCGGCUAGAUUACUUUUUUAAUUUAAUUUUAGUUUUUUUAUAUACAUUUUAACAACUUCAAAUUAAAUUUUUGUAAAUAUUUUGACUAAAAUUUUCCUGGUCGGAAAAUUAGUCUAAGUUUUUAUAUUACUUAGGUAUUUGUAGUAUGUGUUAGAGAAGAAAAAAAAUACCGGCAUCCGAUCUGUUUAAUUGCGUUUUUAUCCGCAGACGUCCAAGGAAUCCGAACCUCCACUCUCUCAGAAUUAAAAAAAAAAUUGUUUACCUUUUUACAUUAAAAAUGAUUAAACAUUUCAAUAUGCUUGUACGGAAUUUGGAAGUUUAUUGUUUUAUAGGAAUAAAUGUUAAUAAUGUGCACUAUAAUGGGUAUGGAUAAUAGUGAUAGUAAGCUAGCCGAGCCUGAUGUAACAACCUUGGUAAAUACCUAUUUAUUAUAAUAACUGCAGGAUACUAGGUCAUGCACUUUUAACACUUUAUGUGGCCACAUCCAGAGCCAAAAAUAGGAGAGCAUGGUGGUGGUGGGAACGGGUAAGGGUGGUGAACCCCCAAACUUAGAAUUUAGACUAUCGAAACGUUAAUUUAACGAAAGUUUUGCUAUAAAAUUAACAAUAUUAAUAAUUUCUUAGUUUUUCUUUUCUGUUAGUACUUUAUUACUUUAUAUUAUUACCGUAAAUGAAUGACACAUAUAUUAGUAUAUUAUUACAUAUCAUUUAUCAAAGGAUAAAAUAAAAGGUAAAUAUAUUUGUACCGUUCGGCAUAUUCGGUAUUACGAUUUAGAAAAUGUUUAAUCGUACCCCUCCAUCGAUUUUUGUUAGUGCCGGCUAUGGUCGCAGCAGUUGCAGGUCAUUGUACAUGUUCUCAACAACUAAAAGCUAAGUUUUUAUUUAAUAUUAAUGAAGAAAAAAAAAUCAAUUAUUUAACAUAACUUUUAAGUUAUAAAUAAUGAUUUAAAAGGAAAAAAAGAGCUGUUACAAGGGACGGGUGCAGCCACUGUUGUAGGUUUAAAAAAAAUUAAAAUUCCUUAAACGCUCAAAAGUGGCUUUAAUGUUUUGGUGAUGAUACCAUAAGAAAGUAAAUCAAAAAGGUAUCUUGUGAUUUUUCAAUUAAAUAAUUUUUCUGGUAGAAAACGUCUGUGUUUUUAUAAAAUAAUGAAUCGUGAAAUUGUACGUUUUUCUAUGUUUUUUCCCAUUUAGUGCUCUUAUUUAAAAAAAUGGCGUUGAAAAUCAAAAAAUAACCUAUUUUAAGUACAAUCUAGAUAACGAGCUUUCAGAAAAGGUGCUAAACUUAUACAUCGAGGCAAGUUUACUAGAAAAAAAGAAUAAUAAUAAUAAAACAGCAUUGUAAAACCAAUAGUUCCCUCGCUACUACGCUGGGAAUCUAAAAAAUGUAGGUGUUUAACUCAGCAACACCCGUAAACUUGACUAAUGAUCAAUGUCGCCGAUUAUUAUAUUCUUUUAAAUUUGUCUAUAAUUUUUUUGACUGCAAAAUUAAAAAAAACUUUAAAAAAGUUGAUAAAAAUAAAAUAUGAACUUAAUUCAUGUUUUAUGUAUACAUUCUGAACUUCAAACGGGUGAACGAGUUCAUUUGAACUUAAUUACGCCGUUGAGUAUUAUAGUUGUUUCGUCAAUUUUCGUAUUAUUAAUUAACAAAGAAUGAUAAUCUAUACGAUGACUGUUCGUCUUUUAUCAUUAUAAAUAACAAUAAUCUAUAAUAUGGUCUUGUUAUUUUCAUUUUGCAAAUCAGAAUAUUUAAGCUAUACUGCAGUAUUACGUAGGUAUACUAAACCCGGUAAAGAUUUUUUUUCUAAAUCAUAUAUAUAUACGUAAACGAUGAAGGCGGAUUCAUUACACACGUUCUUAUAUAAUCCUGAUAAUUUUCGUAACACAACACUUGAACGUUAUUUUGUACGUCAGAUUUACAUUUACGCAUAUACAUUCUGAUAUACAAGCCGAUCAAUAUAUAAUACUAAAUUUUUAUUUGGAUAAAUAUUCGAGUACUCCAAAGAACCGAGGUGAAUUGAGGUCACGUCAUUAUUCUUUUAAGUAACCCCUUCGACUAUUUGAUUUUGAUAAAAUUAUAUUACCGCGUUACAAUACACAUAAUAUACUCUACAAAUAAAAAAAAGACUGGGAUAGGGUGUCACUAUAACUACGACCAUUGUAUAGUUAUAGCCGUCUUGAACUGAUAACAAGUAUUUGAGACCUUAGAAUCUGAGGAUUAAAUCAUAUACAAUGGAUGGCUAAACUUUACGUGUGACGAUCGUCUGGCCAACAUCUUAAGAGGGAUAAGAGGGCGUGUCGCUACUGCGCAUGCGUUUCCUUCUUAUCUUUGAUGGUAUCUGCUUAUAUAUUUGAACAAUAUUUGCAAUUCAUCUAUAACUAUAAUGGUGAAAUAAUAUUAUGUUUUUAAAUUUUUAUUACGUUUUAAAAUACAAAUUAAAUUUUUUAUGGAUUAAGAUUUUGAAACUGGAGAAUAGGUACAUUGUAAAUGGAUAAAUUUAGUUAGUAAAAAUGCAUAAUUUGUUUUAUCUUUGUUAUUUAAUAACAACUAUAUAGCGUAAGUAAAAAUAAUAAUAAUAUUUUAGAAUUCUAGAACCACGGCAGAUUUUUAAAUAAUAUAACUUGUUAAAUUACGCUGAACAUUAUUGUCGUAAUUGAAGUGCAUUUUAGCAGUAAAUUCACAAUUUUAAAAACAAAAAAAGUAAAACCAAUAUUUCAUUAUGUUGGUUAUGAUAAAAUUGAUAAUAGUAUAUUGUGCAUGCGCAGAAGUGAAAUGCCCUCUUGCCAUGACGAUAGAUGUUGGCCAGACGUUUUGUUGCUUAUGAUUCCAUACAUUGUAUAUGAUCUAUGUUUGAGACAAUGUAUUUACAUUUAUGUGUUUGAUUACUAUACAGUGUCAAAUAAGUGAGACCAUAUCUUCACUAAUAAGCGGACAUGUCUCAAUUAUCCCAUUCUUGUUUUUAUUAUCUAUGACAUAAGUACUUAACCGUACUUACACCAUUAUAGAAUAAAAUAAAGAGGGCAUUCCACUAUAAUAUGCUCGCCAAUAAAAUGAAUCAAAUUGUAGUAUUAUUUACUUUUCUAUAACCGUGGUGGAAUUGUAAUAAUUUUUGUUUAGAGUAUGGUAACACUGCAUUUAUGGUUCAUUUUACAGGCGAACAAUAGACACUAUAUAGAUGAGAUACGAAAUAGUCUUUCUAUUUACACUAUGACUUACAUUUCACAACUGGUAUAGGGAUAUCGUCUCCAUUCCAGUUUAAAUAAUAAAUAUUAGAAACAUGUAUAUUAAUAUAUAUUCAUAUGUUUUGUCUAAUUUAUUUUUCAGAGGAGCAUUUUCUGUUGUAAGAAAAUGCGUUCAAAAGCCCACGGGAAUGGAAUUUGCCGCAAAAAUUAUAAACACGAAAAAACUAUCAGCUCGAGGUAAAUAUUAUAAUGUAUAUUUUAAUAUAUUAUAUUAUACAUUUUUUGUUUUUUGAACUCAAAAAAUAUAGAGAAUACUUAUCGAUAGUGCUAAAGUAGGUACCUACCUAAUUUUAAAACAAAUUUCACGAUCAAUUUCUCGUGGAAAUGUUUUCGUUAAAAAGGGUUGUGUCGUAAAUGUGGAUAGAGAACCCAUUAUUAUUAUUAUUAUUAUUAUCUAUCUAUUAUAUAUUACGGAACGUUAAGGCUUUUAGAGUCGGGAAUUAAAACGAUCCGUUAAAAAAAAUAAAAAUAAAAUAGAAAAUACGAGCGUAAUAAGUCGAAGCUAUAUAAUUUAUUCUCGACCUUCUUUCAACAAAUCUAUUCCGAAUAUUUUUUAAUGAAAAAAAAAAUGGGUUUCCAAAUAAGUUUAUUUAGUGAUCGGUAAAGUAAUAAAGACUUUUGGGUUGAAUUUCAUUCCUUUCGAAUUCGACUUACGCGAAAAUCCACUUAGUUUGUCCGUUUGAGGUUUUUAUUUAAAAAAAGUUACCUAUGUGUAAACCUUAUACCCAUAUGGUUAUAUAUAUAGUUAAUCUAACAUACCAUGACUUAUUUUAUGUAAAUAUUAUUGACGAUAGUAUAGAUAUAAAUCUAAUCUGCAAUAAGUAUGCGAUUAGGGGAAUUGAAAAUGGUUUUCUACGUUUUCUUCAAUUUCGUACAAUUUUAAGAUUCUUUUAAUGACCAUCUUAAUGAUAAGACUUUUCCACUGAUCUAUUACCCGAUAUCUGUUUAAGGGAAAAGUAUACGACUUGAAAUAUGUUAAUUUUACUACAAUAGCCUAAUAACGGUCUAAAUGUACGAAAAAAAUAAUCCCAUAAAUUGCUUUACUAUUAUUAUUUAAACUAAUUAACGCAAUAAUAAUUAUAUUAUUAUAAUAAUGUAGGAAUUUAUUUUGGAGUUAGUAAAUUUAGGAGUCCCAUUUUAACAUUUUUAGGUAAAAUGAGUCCCAUACAAAAUGCCCAAUGCGGUAAAUAGAGUUCCUGUAGAUAAAAAUUAAAUACUUACCCAAGAGUCACCAUGGGGAGGUUAUCUGGAAUAUCUCCUAAAAAUUGUGUUUAUUAGUAAUAAAAAAUGUAAACUAUAUAAGGUUGAUUUUUUAAAUGCUUUUAACUGACAAUUAGUAUAGGACUUAACUGACGGUUAACACUAUUUCCCAAUUAAAUUGAUUCCCGGUUAAACUAACCAUAAACGCCUCAAUUACCAGUUAAUCUUAUCGGUACUUAUUUCUUCCACUAUCCUGAUUAAUUCCCGGUUAAAGCCAAAAUUGUUACAGACCUUAAUAAAAUCAAGUCUAAUGUUAAUCUUAUACUUCGCCAUUUAUUUCUCUCCUAAUAUAUAUUAACUUUUUUGACAUAUAUUUUGGUUUGUAACACGAAUGAAUUCCUUUAAGUGCAUCAAUUAAAGUAUAACUAUUUAGAUGCUGGUCAAUUUAUCCUCACGCCCGUCAAUAUGUCCAUUAUAGUUUGAUAAUUGCCAUUCAGAUUAUCGAAGAUUAUAUUGCAUUAAUCGUGACAGGGUAUUUUUUAAGGAGGUUUUUUGUGCCCAAAUGGACAAACAUAGUAAAGUCUAUUGUUGGAUAUAAAAAUGUUCACUAUAAAAAAUAAAUGGUAAAUAAUUAAAUUAGUAGACUAAGUAACAAAAUAUUAUAUUAUAUAUAAUGGGAAUAAUAAGUAUACUUCACUAUGGGUGGGGGGGGGGUAACUGGAGACAGUCCAAAUUUUAAAGGGAAGAUUUAGUUUAUUUCUUGUGGAACUUUUUUAAGGGAGGAGAUGGAUUGGAUGCGCAGUGGAUGUUCACUCAAAAAUGUCCUGGAUCAUGAUUAUAAAACUUUUGAUAUUAUAUUUUUAAACGCUCAGACGCCCGUUUACCGGGCAAUUAAAAGACGUUUUAAAUUAUCACAUAGGUAUAAUAUUAUAAUGGUUACGUUGGUAAGUAAUUAAUAAUUACUAACAAGUAUACACGAAAUUUACUCCGCAGUCGAAUUAUUUUUUAGUGGUGCAGGUAAUGCCGUUUAAUAGUACCUAAUGGCGUUUUCGCAUCAUUUAAUAAUAAUGUUAAAAUGCCACGCGACAUUCCGUUUAAUAUAUAACAUACAUUUGACGUGUAUACUUUUAAUUUAAAUGAAAAAAAAUAAUAAUAAUAAAUUAUUUUAACAGUUUCGGUUCUACACGUCCCAGUACAAAUAUUUAAUUUCGUGUUUUAUCGGAAUAUCGUAUUAAGUUACCAUAUAAUAAUAUCGUCAACAAAAUAAAUAAGGUUCUGGGCUAACGACCGUUUGCAGAAAUUUGGUGUAAUUACUGAUGGAGGGGGGGCUGAGUUCUUUGUAAUCAUUUACUGAGUAUACCAACUAGAACUCGAAUACUUAUUCAAACACUAACAAUUUUCAUACUAGUUUCUAAACAAAUACUAAAAAAAAUAUUUUAAUACUACUUAUAAAUACUGUUAGAGCAUUUUUCUAAAAUAUUGAUUUUACCAGAAUUCUUGCUGCGAAUUUCAAGAGUAACAUCUUUCCUAAAUAGAAAUUUUAUCCAGUUCUCUAUAGUAGGUAUGUCAGAUGGUCGUUUUUUGAUUUUCCGCGUAGCGUUGAGGUUAUGACAUUUUAAAAACAUGAGUAACUGAACUUCGCUAAGAAUCGUUUUUUUUUUUUAGUAAUGAUUCAUCGUUGAGUACAGAAAUAAAUUAAAUAACUUUAUAUAUUCUACCUUUCCAACUUCCUACCUAAAUAGUGCAGACACACGCGUCAGCAGUAUCAGCGCUUUUUUAAACAUGUCUCAUAGAAGGUAUACAAUUUUGCAUUGUACUAUUCUUGUUGUUUUUACCCAUAUUUUGUAAUCGUCGAUAAAACGCACGUUUUGACUGCAAUAUGAGUAUAAUAUACCGAUACGCCUUCUGCGUAGGUGAUAACGACUCAACAAGUUAUACCAACAAAUGAUAUCACAUAUACAGGGUGAUUCAUUUAACGUAAAUCACUUAUUAUUUCUUAAUUUAUUGACUUUUUCAAAAUAAUAUUUAUUCGCAUUGUAAGAAACAAGCAGCUAUAAAAUGUCACAUUAUCAUUAUUCGUUGUCGUCUUUAUUUUCGGGGGUGAUCACAACUUAUAAGAAAAGUUGCAUGAAUAAAUGGAGUAUUUGUUUGAAUACAUUUUGUCGUUGAAAUUUUUGAUUUCCGUCAAUUCAUUAACGAUAUAUUUAAAUUUCAAGUUUAAGUAGAGGGAGAGUAGUGGAGCAUGAUUUUUAUGGUGACGCAGCGUUUAGUGUUUUAAUAGAUUUUUAAAAAAAAUGUCAAUACCUACUUCGCGAAAUAUGAGUUUUUUAUGCUAAAUGAAUUAUUUAGUAUGUAAUAGAUGUUAAUUUUACUCGUCACUCGUCGUAUAUUAUUUUUUUAAUUUUAUUUUUUUACCAAAAAUCUUGUUCCGAAUUCCAAGAGUAGCAUAUUUUAUGAAAGGAAAUUUUAUUUCUAAUUGGAAUGUAAAAAAAGUUAUUUUUAAAAGUAUAUGUAGUAUAUAAUUACGUAGUACUAUAGUAAUAUAGGUUUUGGGGCGAAUUGCACUAUCAUUUUUUUUAUGAAGACCAGUAUGGGAGCCCCUCCCCAAAAAAAAAAAAAUUGAAAUCGAAAAUAUAAUGCGUUUAACGUAAAUAUUAAUAAUAGAUAUGAAAAAAAAAAACCAAAACUAACCUAAUGGCAAUUACAUAUUAAACAAUACACCCAACACCUAUUUAUACAAAUAAUUAUUAUAAUUAUCUACUGUAUAGUGUAGUAAUGGCUUUUCAUGUUGUCAAAAAAAAUAUUCUGACAUUUUUUUUUUUGUCGUACUACCCGAAAUACACCUUUAUACAUACGAUGCGUAAAUAAUAAAAUUAUUAUUAUUUUUCAAGUAUGAAUUCAACACUUUUCCUUUGUUGUUUUUUCUAUGGUUAGGUAUAAAGGUAAUAAUUAAUUAAUUGAUUAUAGUUGAACGAUAAUAAUUAAUUUCUUAUUAUUUACAUGGAGAAAACAAUGUAUCGAUUAAUAUUUUUAUUACGUUGUCGUCUCGUUGGGAAAUUGCGGAUCCCCUCUCACCCCGCGUCACCGUCAUCGUAAAACAUCCGCGCCCAUUACGUGAUUUCGUUUACAGGUUGUGGUCCCGAGUGGUGGGCACGUCGGGGGUGAAGGUAGGUAAGCUGCCGUGGACACGUGUGCCAAUCGCACGCGAACGCGCGACGACGUAACGCUUGACGGAUUCGCGGCGGCGGGUUUAGGGGAAAGGGGCCAGGGAGUGGGGUCCAGUCGUGUUCCAGUGAGACGGAACGGAAAAGCACUCAAAGAGCCGACGAAUAUUAUAAUAAAAGUAACUGAGCUGUCUGACGGCGCGGCCGAUUUGCCACACCGCCGUUGACGGCGCCUCCGCCGCGCGGUAUUGAUUUAACGCGUGAAUACCCACUCCGCUCCGGCGGCGCUUCUGCCGACUUGUAUACAUUCAUACGUUUCGGUAGCGAUCGGGCACGACUGGAACGCUCGGCGUGACACGAAUCCGACCACAAUAAAUUCAUAUGUGUAUACGUAAUAUUAUUAUUGCAUAGGGUUUUGUAAAAUACAAUAAAUACAAAUGACCGUAUAUCUUGAAAUAACCGACGCCGACUCUGUGUGUCAUUCGACAACUUCGACGAUUGGCGGCCCGUGUAACGUUUUGUCGUCGCACUUACCCACCUAUAUUAUAUAUUGUUAUUGUAAAACAAAACGUAUACCUUUUAUUAAAAUAUCAUGAAUUAUAUACAGGUCGACAUGUGUAAUAUAUACCUGUGUAUAGCAACGUCAGGUUUACCUACGAGUAGAUGUGGCAAAGUUUUAGGGACGACAAAAUUGCCGGCUAUAAAAAAAGAAGACAAAAAUUAAUUUGAUUUUUUAUUUUCGACCACAACGGUUCUCUCGGAGUUUUAUUUUCGAUAUCUUAUAUCGACAAUUUUAUAAUAUAUAUUUUUUCGAAAAUCAAUCUUAAACAAUAACACAUUCAUCUUUUACAUUGUUGGAAAAGAAUCUCCAAAAGAACAUGGAAAAUAUUGAACCUAGUUGGUACUUUAAAUUACCAAGACAUUACAAAGUCAGCUACAAUUAUUAAUGUGAAUUAUUCUGACAAGCACCAAAAUGAAAUUUGAUUCUGCAUAAUAUUUUGAGGUUUUUUUUUUCUUGCAAUAAAUAAUAAUAUUAUAAAAAAAAUUACGUUGUUAAUGUUAAAAUGUUUUCCACUUCAAUGUUUUGAUUUUUUAAGGUAACGACAUUAAUAAAUUAUACCGUGUUUUUUCUCAGCACUCUUAUAUUAAUUAUUAUUUAUUUAAAAUGCGUUUUUCAUUCAUGAUUCAUUUUUAUAUAUUUUAAAAUAAUAAAUAAUAAUACAUUUCUUUAAGAUUUUUUUUCAGUUAAAAAAUAUAUAAAAACCAUAAUAUUGAAUUGUUAGCAAAUUUCUUUCUGCUUGUUGCUUAAUUCGUCGCUACUACAUUGGUAAAAAUAACUUUUUUUUAAAUGAGAAAUAUAACAUGUAAAAAAUUUGAAUUUCUCUAGAGACGAUAAAAACGAUAUUUACUAAAAAGAAAAAAAUUAUUUAUUAAGUUUUGAAUUUUAAUUGAACCAUAGGUAUUUUUAGAUUAUUUUUUUUUUGAACAAGACGAGUUAUCAAGAUGAAUUAAAAUUUCUUUAUUCGUUAAAUUCUUUACCUAUAUUGUUUUAUUAUAUUUUAUUAAUUUUCAUGUAUUACAAUAUAAUAAUUACAAAAUAAACUAAUUUGCUUUCUGCCUUUUUAUCCAUCCAUCCAUUAAUACAGAUAGAGCCGUAGAUCCUCAAAAACAUAUUAACACGUCAUAGCACACUGCUCAAUAUGUGCGCAUUGUGCACAUAUUGUCAUAUUAUAGUCCUUACCUAUACAUUUUUCUAAAACCAAUAAACAAAAUUUGAAUCAUGACUUAUCAGGUUCAUAAGUUCAUUUUAUUUCUUACAACAAAUAAUAAUCUAUAUUCUAUACUGUUAACCAUGGUGCAAAAUGUCUUACACAAUCAAUGUAUAAAUCGAACAAUUUCAACAUUUGACUUGUCAUAUUUCUCACAAAAACCUUCAAUUAUACAUAUAAGAUAUUAUAAAUUGCAUGUAAGAUACAUUUUGUUACUAUAAAUUAUACUAAAUGCAUUUGAAAUUUAUCAAUUUUUUUUAUUCGUUGAAAAGAGGAAAUGUGAUGGGUAAAUUUAAAAUUCAAAUGGUAACCAUAUAUUUAUGAAAUACGUUUCGUGUACGGUAUUUGUACCUAUACAUACUGUAUAUGGUUCAAUUUUUAAUGAAUUCCAGUGAGACGCUCAAUUCGAUACGUCAAUAAUAAUACUAAAGAAGCUGUAGACGUCUAGAGACGUUUGAAUUUUUUGUAAAAUAUCAACUGUACAUAAUACAGUAGUUAUAAGUUGCCUUUUUCAAUUAAAAUAAAAUACUUAUUUAUAAUCAAUUCGUUUAGCUAGGUCAUUGAUAAAAAGAAAAUAUACCUAUAUGUCUAUAUUAUAUGGAAUUCACAUACAGGUAAUUGAGUUUAUUAAAAUAAUUAAAUAUUUUAAAAUAUUAUUUAAUAAAUAAAAUUAAAAUAAAUAUGUACGUGUAUACAUAUUUUUUUUUCUAGGAGGGAGGUAUUGCAAAAAAAGAUAAAUUUUGUUUGCAAUAGCAAAUUGCAUACAUUUUAGGCAUUAAGUGUGAUUUCUCAUGAUUUAUGAACGUAACUCAAGUUAUAGUAAAUCUGAGUUGUACGGUGUAAGGUUUCUCCCUUCGGCACAAUGAAUACGUUUCGCAAUUAAUUAAAUAGGAAAUGGGGUUGUUUUUUUUUUUCGUUUGGUGUGUAUCGAUUAUUUAGAGAAAUGGUAUAGACAGCUCAGCAAAAUGGCUUCAAGUGUAUACAUUAGUUAUUGUACAGGAGUUGAAAGCAAAGGGAUUGUUGUAUACGAAUUCGAGUCCAUAAAUUCGGUAUGAAUUUUUUACAAUAAUCUAUUUUACAAAAUUCGCAUUUAUCAUAACAACGACGUCCGUACGCAUAUUUGUCUUGAAUAAUUCGAUUUAUCGUUUGCUAUAUAGAAUUAUUAUUAUUUUUUUUUAUCAUAUACCCGCGACGAGUGUAAUAUUUAUUAUUCGUAAAAUUGACUUUGGUUGAUGGAGAAGCGAGAGAUCAAUUAUCUUACGGCGGUUUUUCUAUUUUUUCGGAACGGUAUAGUGGUCAUUCAAAAGUCACACAAAUAUACAAUAAUGUAGUCACGUCAAUACAGAUAUCGGAAAUUUAGAGAAAUCGAUUUAACCAUUUAACCUCAUUGUGAGAGUGAGUUUCAAUCUGUUUACUACACCGAACACUUUUCACCGACGUCGUUUUAUCAGAUUUCAAAGAAUUUGUUUCAGCUAAAGCAUGAAGGAGAAUGUUACAUACCACCAGUACGUUUUUAUAUUUUCCCAGUUGGACGUUUGAGAAAAACCAAAUAAAUGCAAAUAUUAGUGUAAAAAGCAUAACAAAUAUAUUAUGUAUUUAGGCGUUUGAAUAGGAAAAUUUUAAACAUUUUGAGUUUUAACUGGGCCUUUUUUCUUUGCUAAAUUAUCAAUUUAAUUGUCCCUAAUAAAAAUCUCUCUAAUUGUAUACGCUCCUCUGCAGGAUACCUUCAGCCUAAAAGUCGAAUAUCCGUAUGCUUAUACUUUCGUUUUUUUUUUUUUAAGCGUUAUUGCUCACAGACAAAUAAUUUUCAAAACGGUGGUCAUCAUUACCAUCGGCACGAAAAGUUUUUAAUCAUAAAAAAUAAUCCUAUUCUCUUCAGAUUUCACCUCAUAGCCCCAAAAUCGGUCAGUAACGUUCCCAGGUGGACCUACAGAGGUCUCUUCCACCAUUGUCCGUGUUAAAGCAUAAACAAAUAAUAAAAACUGUAUCCAGCAUUAAAAAAUGAUUAGUUAUUAGUAAUUAAAUAGUGAUCAUUACUUAUUUGCGCUAUAUACUAAGUAUAGGUAAUUGCACUUCUCAAUUCAUUAUUUUGCUUGAAGUAUUAUUUAUACAAUUUUUACUUACCGUAUUUAGUCCCAUAUUGAACAAUAUUUUGGGUUCACCGGUAAUCGUGGUAUUUAAAAAUCUAGAUUUAAUAGCACAGUAUUAUUUUUAUAAUAGAAUAGACCUGAAAUUGUGGAUAGUGUCGUGCAAUUUCGACCGAAAAGUACAAAAAAAACCGUUCGAACGUCGAAAUAAUAUGUGUUUCUCACAGCUUCAUUAAAAUUACAGCUUUAACGGUCGUCGGCAAAAUUAAUAGAGGGCACUUUCGUCUCGAAACACGCGGCGGGUAUUCGAGGAAAAGACAAUGUCGACAGGGCUGGCCGAGUUCGAGGGGAUGGACCGCAUCGAAAUAAUUUAUUCGUGUUAAUUCUGGCGUGGUAGUUAGCGAAGGACAUUUAUUUUGUGUGAAAAUUCCACAUGAUAAAUCCGGCGCCGUAUUCGAUUACUUAUAGCACUUUCUCUCAGGUGAGCGGCCCAAUUUUAUAAAAUCUCUUCAAAGAGCUUAGGGCGAAUAAUAUCGAUGCACGCGUACGUAUAAAUAACAAUAUUAUUAGAGAGCAAUAUUAUUAUUAAAUUCAAUCCGAGUAAAUUUAAAUUCGCAGACGCCACUAACGUCACUAUCCAUAAAUUAAUUCGGAGGGGAAGGAGAGAACGACCGCCAUCUUCCGUUAGCAAUUCACAAUAUUAUACAUUGAUUCUCUGUGAAAUAAAAAUAAUAAUAAUAAAAUAUUCAAAAAAAACAAUACGCCCCACAAUAAUUAAUGUACAUUUGAACUUAAUAUAUAGGUGAAUAAUAUUAUUGACGCGACGUUGUAAAUUGCAAUGUAAGGCGUCGCGAAGCCCUUAAAUUAAUUACCGUCGUGCAAUAUUGCACCUGUGACGUUUAAGUACCUAUAUAAUAAUCAAAGACUAAAGGGGAAAAAAAAAAUCGAUAAAUCAAUAAUAUUAUUAUACUGUUAUAUUUCAGGAUAAACUGCGCAACGGAAUACCAAUUAAACAAAAAGCUUUUUAAUUUUUUUAUCUUAAAUAAUUGGCUCAUGACUGCAGUCCCGUGGGAGUUUUGUUUUAAUCUAACUGAUCCAACUCGAUUAUUAUAAUAAAUACAUCAACAUGCUGCAAUUUUGUUAACUUCGAUCGUUUAUACGAAAUGCGUGCCUUGUUUAAAACAACCAUGGCUACAAAACUGUACAAGUCGUAAAAUCGACUCUUUGCGUUUUUAUAUUCCUCAGCGGUAAUAUUGGCAGUUUGGACAAUGGUGUAUUUGUGGGGGACGAAGGGGGUAUUUGCCCCCUCCGUGGACCACAUAAUUAUUUGUUUUUAGUAUUUAUAUAAUUAUUAUGAAAUUUGUAAUUCUAUGAAAUAAUUAAUAAUUGUUUUCAAUUCAUACACAAUAUAGUUAUUAGUAUUUAUUUAAUAUUAAUAUGUAUACUGUAUAUACAUUUUUUUUUAUCUAAAAUUGUUGAAGAAUAAACCAAAUGUUUACAAAAAGAUUAUUUUUUGAUUAUUUAAAUGCAAAUAGUUAUGUAAAUAUAAAGAGUUGAAAUAAUUUGACUAAACUUAUCGAUACCUAAAUUGUAUUUAUUUAUAAAAGUCAGUAAAAUAAGUAGGAAUAUGAUAAGCAUCUAAACAAUCCAGACACGAGUAGAAGGAUAAAAUAAGUUUUUAGUUAUACACUACAAUGUCCAAUACUUGAUUUCCAUACACACAUUGGGCGUCAUUAAAAUCGAAAAUUCCUGGGUAAAAAUUUAUUGAAAAAUAUUGUUAAGUAAUUCAGUUUUAUAUUAUAUUCGUGUAUAAUUAUUUUAGUUUAUUUUUUUGCGUUAAUUUUUUAAGGAAUUUUCUAUUUUCAAGAGUGAUUGAAAAUAUAUUUCGCCUCCCCUCCCUGUAAGAAAGGCCUAGAUAGGCCACUGAGUUCGGAUAUAUAAGUAUAUCUAUAAAAUAUUAUACAUUCGAGUACUAUAGUACUAUUCAGAAUAGUAAAGUAAUCAUUAAGCUCAAUAGCUCAAAUAUACAUAUUGAAGAUUCAAACGGGGGAGAGUGUUUAUUUUAGUAUUACUUUCCACAUCCUUCAGAAAUAUUAUACACCUAACCUCUCAGAUAAGCUGUUGAUAAUUUUCCCCAACUAUAAUUGAAAAUCAUUUUAAAUGUUUCAGAUUUUCAAAAACUAGAAAGGGAAGCGAGAAUAUGCAGGAAAUUACAGCAUCCGAAUAUAGGUAAGUUAUCUUUUUACUAUUUAUUGCAGUAUUUAGAACAACUCAUAGUAUUCCGUCGAUACACGGACACUAAAAUACUGCAGUAGUGUGUCGUCAAACGCUACGUAAUAAUAAGCUAUAAAGUUAAUGAAUUAGGCAUAUACUAUUGAGUUUUAAUACAAUACUAAACUUUGCCUUGUGAAUUUCCACGAUGAGACAUAUUAUAUAUAUAACAAUAAUUUAUAUAAGGUUCAAAUUUUUAAAAAAUAAAAUAUAAACACCACAGUUGUUAGUCUAAGACAAUAUUCAAUAUUUUUUUUUCUUCAUAAAAUCAUUUUGUUUUCAACUAUUUACAGUAAAUUGAAAUUUGUUUUGAAAAUGUAAUGACCAAUAUCGUAAUUUGGAUAUGUUAGUUACUUCAUAUACAUUUCAAAUUAUAAAAUUUAAUACAUAUAAUAGGCCUUAUUAUUAAAUGUCCAUACGUUACGUAUUUUAUUUUAAAGUUCCGGGAAAAAAACAAAAUAAAAAUCAUUAAUCUAAUUAUCUAAAUCAAGCAAUUUACAGUUCUUCGAUUUAUUUCGAUAAGUAUCUUGGUUAAAACAAACUUUGAACAUAUAACUUGACUGCAGUAACUCAUUUUUAAUACCUAUAACAAAUUUAACUAUAAUGGAUAUUUUCGAAUUAUUACGAAUUCAAUUUCGGACUAACUAUUCAAAUCGAACCUCUAAAUCGCCUUUUUUUCAAAUCGAAUAUUGAAAACGAAUAUUAUAAUAUUAUGCGCUGGCAAAUCUAAAAAUGUUUUAACGUAUUUUAAAUAAUAGUUAUGUAUAAUAAUUACUUUACCAUAUAAGUAUUUUUGGGUUUAAUUAUGUAAUAUUUAUUAAUAUUUAAUUAAAAUUCAAUAGCUGUUUUAUUUUCUCGAUUACAUUGUAAUAAUAUAAAACCGAACACCGUUAAAUAUUUGAUUUUAUAAUCAAACAGUUGCUAUUAAAAAUUACCGAUAAAAUACAAAUUUUCUAUCAGAAAGUUUAUUGGAUUUUUAACACGCCCGUGCAUGAAUAAUCUUUUUUAUAAAUAAAAUUACAAAAAAUACAAAAAAACUCAUCUUUAACGUGAGUGAUAAAAUUGAAUUUUAACACUGGAGAUGUUUUGUUUUGGUUGUAUAUAAAUUACCUAUACAUAUUUUCACUCCUACUAAAAAUAUAUAUUUAUAUGUAUUUAUAAAUUGAAAUAUUGUGCAGGGACGCGGUAUUGAGUUUCAUUAACAUCUAGGAUGUUUUUAAUAUAUUCGGCCCUGAUGGACUUAUCAUAUAGUCAAUCGCACAAUAAAAUAACUUGACCAUGACCCGAUUGCCUCUGAUCAAGUGGGAUGCCCGAGUAUCGCGGUUACUCAUGUAAAAGAACGGGGAAACUAUUUUUCCUUUUUUCCCUUUAUUGUUAGGAACUCGUGUUUUGAGUUCACGGUCAAACCGAGUUGAUGGCAUUAAGUACCUUUUUAAAAAACCCGCAGGUAGAUAUUUCUUUUUAGAUUUUCAUCAUCUCGAGGAUUUAACUAGGCUGCUAUAAAUAUACAUUUAAUAGUACUGUUUUAAUUUAAUUAAAAAUUUAAAAAUUGAUUGCUUAAUUUACCUGCUGAAAAUGUAAGAAUUUCAAACUUUUUUUCGAUAAAAAUCGAUGUAUAAACAUUGUUAUAUUAGUACAAAUAAUAUUUCAAUAACGUAAAACUUAAUUUUGUCGAAAAUAUGAAACUAAAAAACAAGAUAAAACUAAUAACCAUAUACACUUCUAUAUGCGUUUUGAAAUACAAACUCGUUAAAAACCGCAUUUAAUAAAAAAAAUGUAGUAUUAUGGAAAAUCCAUGUUAGAUAAAUAAUAAAUAAUAAUUUAUGUAAUUUAUUGAUAAUUAAAAUUUAAAAAUGUGUAAAACAAAAGUCAACUUUAACAUCACCAAUGUCGUGUAUAUUAUAAUAUAUUGUAACGAAUCGAUAAUAUUUUAAAUUUCAAGCGCAUCGGAGAAUGUAUUGGUUUUAGUAUAAUAUGCACUUUUAUUUUCUGUCUGUUCAUAGCAUUGCCAACUGUCUAGGUUUUACCUCUAAAGCUCAGAUUUUCUGGUCUCUGUCCAGUAUACAGUUAUACCUUUGAAGUUUCAACUAAACGCCAAAUGUUACUUACGAAGAUCCCUUAUGAAUUAUGAUUAUAACAUGUAAUAUAAUAGUUAGCGUGGAUGUCUUGUAGUUAUUCUUCUUCUUCGGGAUUUCUAUAACUUUAAGGUACAAGUGUACAGAAAUAAUUGGUUGAUAACUUUUCUAUCAAUAAUAUUGCUCUGAUUUUUAAGUACAGCGUCUUUUUUGAAAGAAAAUCGUAACUUAUAAAAAAUAUAAUUUCUUGAUUUGCAUUAUAGUUUUCUUAAUAAUCGGGAAAAUUGGGGGAAAAUGUGAAAAACGACGGCAAUGAUGUUUCAUUAUUUUCGGUUUUGUUUUUUUGUUGUAAUUCGGUUAAAUUGAUCGUAGAUACCUCAAACUUUCACAGAAAACUUGUAUAAACCUUUUAUAGAUGAAGUAAAACUGUUAAAAUAUUCUGGAAAUUGUUAAAUUAUUUAUAUGCAAAUGACGUUUUUGAGUUUUGUUUGAUUUUAUGACUUAUUAAUAUUUAGCCGAGCAAAAAUGUUUGAAAAUUUAACACAAGAGUUCAUCAUAGGUUGUACUUAAUAGUUAAAAAUAAAAUUAAGGGUUAUGUAGUAGUUUACAUAUGUAAGCGUUUCAAGUUCAAAUUUUGAUAAAAAAUCCUUUAUAAAUAACUACGUUUCAAAAUAUAUUCAACCAAACUUUACUCAGAAUCGUUUUUCCUUAGAAACGAUUUAUUUUUACAUAUUAUAGGCAUAAAUUAAAUUACCCUUUGUAUGCUACCUUUCAAAUUUUACUCCUAUUUUAUAAUAACAAAAUUUCUGUUACAGUGCGGCUACACGACAGCAUCCAAGAGGAACUAUUUCAUUACCUCGUGUUCGACCUGUAAGUAUACCUAUAUAUAUAUAUACGUUUCGCAUAGUGUUUUGUAUAUAAUUGCACUUGUCAUCGAUACUUUUAGGCGUAUAAACAGUUUUUUUUUUUAUUUACAACGGGUAAGAAACGUAUAAAUCGUUUAAUAUAAUAUCAACGCAAAGUCUUGGCUAUGUAAAAAUAGUAAGCGAUGGACUCGACCCAGAAAUAGAUCGCAGACAUCACUACGAGACCUAUUGUGCGUAUGGGUAUAAAAAAAAAUCAUCGUGUGUAUAUAUUUAUAUAUAUAUUAUAUAUAUAAUAAUAAUAUUAUAAAAUAAAUUAUACUCUAUAACGUAGAGGUAUAAUUUAUACUCAUACGAUCGUUUAAAUUACAGUAUCGUUAUAAAUUUGAAAUUCGAAUAAAUAAACGCCUAAAUUAUAGAAAUUAUUCUAUAUAGUUUUUCGAAGGGCAGUUAUUAUGUAUUAUUAUUUCGAUUUCCUGUAAACGAUGCCAAAGUCCGACCAAGCCAAUUUUUAAAUUUUCGACUGGCCAUUUUAGAGCACACGCAUACUAUAUAAGUUCGCGGGAAUAGUGCACUCGAUCAUAUGGUUUUUUUUUUGUCUAAACGACAUAAUCGUCAUCGUCAACUUAUCAAUCAACGUAUCUAUCAAACUACCCUUGAUAAUUAUAUUAUAUUUUAAUAAUAAUUUUAUUGCAUUACAAAUGGCCAAUAUUAUAGCGCCCCUAAUAUACUGUUUAUCGGUAUACUAUUAUAUUAUAAAACGAUAAAAAGUAUAUUGGGGGCAUCAUAAAUUCGACACUAAAAACAACGUAAUAUAUUUUAUUUUCCCAUCAAAUUCGUUUGAUGUUUAAGGUUCUGAAAUGAAAAAAAAAAAAUGAUUUGUAUAAAAUAAGCGAUGAAAAAUAUAAGUAGGUAAUACGAUUAUUAUUAUAUUAACACAAAUGAAUAAAAUAAUGAAACUGAAAGUAUUUAUCAGAGUAUCAAUAAAGGUACCUAUUAAAUAUGUGAAUUUAAUAAACCUUACAUAUCAUAUUUAGCGUUUAACUUUUUUGAAAUAUUUAACCUAUGAUAAUUUUUGUAUACAAUUUAUAAAUAAUUUAUAUUAUCGAUAUUCAUAAAAACCGAAGAACAUCGCAGUUUAUAUUAUUCGAGCACUAUGGAAAAUAUUUUAGUAUAUUAUAUUCCUCAUUAUUCCUAUGUUCACAUAUUAUAAUGCAGUAAUAACUGAUAAAAAUUCGCUAACUCUCGAAAUAUAAUGACAUGAUAUUACUAUAAACCCAUAACAACCUUAUUUUCCAGAAAGUUGAUUGAAUAUCAACGUGAUAUUUUUUUUUGCUGUAGAAACUAAUACGAAGAACGAUCUUGGAGUAAUGUAUGAUAGUAAUUUAAAUUUUUAUGCCAAUAUUGAUGCGACAUGUUGUAAAGUUUUGAAAGCUCUUGGACUUCUGAAACGGAUAUGUACUGAAUUUAAGUUACUUGCUACUCUAAAAGCAUCGUAUUGUGCGCUAGUCAAGUUUAUUUUAGAGUUUGUUGUUGUAAUUUGGGAUCCUCAUACUGCAAGUGAUUUGAUCCAACUUGUAAGGGUUCAACGAAAGUUUUAGAAUUUUGCUGCUUAUUUAUUAAAAAUUGAACAUGGACUUCAUGAUUACGAACCAGUAUCAAAUAGAUUAUAUUUACAGUCCUUAGCUAGAAGACGAGUUAACUAUGAUAAGGUUAUUGGUGGGUCGAUUGAUUGUUUUGAGUUACUUUCCAUGGUUAACUUUAAAAUACCUCGCAUUCAGACCCGCUCUUCCUAUCCUUUCUAUUUACCUUUGUGCACGACGAACUUUUACCGUAACCAACCACUCUAUAGGAUGAUAUAUCUUAUCAACGAGAAUCCGUCUUUUAAUUUAUAAGUUAUCCUAAUGUAUUUUUUUUUUCUUUUAUUAUUAUGAAUUGUCUUCUCGCUUUAGUUACAUUUUUGUAUUGUACAUCUUAUUAUUGUUAUGUUAAAUUGUUAACUGUACUUUAGACCAAGGCCCAUAUUGAAAAUAAAAAAUGGUUUUUUUUUUUUCAGUGUUACAGGCGGCGAGUUGUUUGAAGACAUUGUAGCGAGGGAGUUCUACAGCGAAGCCGACGCAUCGCAUUGCAUCCAGCAGAUACUGGAAAGCGUUAACCACUGUCACACAAACGGCGUAGUGCACAGGGAUUUAAAAGUGAGUCAAUUUUUCUUUUUUCGGUAUUUCCAAACCUUGAAAUGAACAAAGUUCAACCAUUUAAAGUUCAAAAUGUUACAAUGUGAUUGUGAAUGAAACAUGAAUCAAGUUCAUAUUUUUUUUUUUAUUGUAAUAUCAUAUUUUCAAUGAGCUUGAACUUUAAUUAGGGCAAUAAUUUUUUCUACAUUUUAUAAUGAGAAUUUAUGAACAUAGUUUAAGCAAUUUUGUUAGAAAUACUGCAGAUAUGGCAAAUUCUACUAUGAUGUUUCCGUAAGAUUAUUUAAAAUUUAAAUAGUACGUACUACAUAUUAUUUAUAUUAAAUAUGAUAUUUAAUAAAAUCACUAAAACAGAGGUGAAUUUACCCAAAAUCAAAUCAGGGGCCCUCAGCCGUAUUAAUUUUUCAGGCAAUAUUUUUAUUCGUAUUCAUACGAGUAUAACUUAUGAGUAAAUUGUAUGAAAUAUGAAUUUAAGUUUGGAAGUUCACGUACUGUAUAUUCAGCAGAAUAAUUGGCCCCUAAUAAAUUUUGAACUUCGGAACUAAAAUUGUUAGUUCGCAGCUCUGCACUGAGCUGAGACUACAUAAAGUUAGUAAAAUUGAAUUUUAUUGAGUAAAUUGUAUUCAUUUACAAAAUGAACUCGAGUAAAUUUAUAUAAAAUAAGAAAAUGUAUUAAAUUAUGACUUAAAUGGACGUUCUAAGAUCUGUGUAUUUCUAACUACAUGUGUCCGACUUUUUUAUUGUACAUUAUCGUGGUGCAUAUUAUUCUACAGCACCAGUGGUGUAGAAAAUGACGGACCACACGCGUGAAACAAGUUUUUCGCCAAUCGUACUCUGUAUUGUAAUAUUUUACUGUAAACACGUAAACAACAAAAGAAAAUUAUACGUCUGUUAACGAUAGUUACGAUCUCUUUAUUUUCUAAAGUUUUAUUUUCGAAUUUAUACGAUAAACUUGGCGAACAUAUUAUUAUCCUGUGAGCGUUAAACUGUCAUCUGGGCAAUGAUAUUAUAUAAUUUAAGUGUAUAUAUAUAGGGUACAUAGAACCUCGUUUGGAAAUGUUUACCGCAUACUCGUGCUGUUACUGUCGUUUAUUGUAGCGUAUAAUGUAACGUUAAGUUUUAUUAUCAGGGAGGAGGGAACAAAAGUAAUUUUCCCAGUUUGUUUAAUUCCCGAAAACGCGUAAUUUUUUUAUAGGUGAACGAGAUCCUUAUUAUCGGUUUAUCGAUUUUCUUAGAGGGUUUUAGAUAUUUAAACCCAACUCCCACCCAUCAUAUAUAAACUACUAUAUGCGUAUGAGGUCAAGAUAUUAAGACAAACGCGUUGUUAACUUAAAAACAGAAGGUUCUCUCAUACUUAGUUACAUUUUAGGUAGAGCGAAAUGAACAUAAUAUUUAUGUAGGUAUAUGGAACCGAAUGGUUCUAGAUAUCUUGAUAAUCACCAUGAUAAAAAUUAUACAUGAUAAGAAGAUGCUUCCCAUACUGAUUAUACUCGUAGUGAAAAUAGAAAAAAUAAAUACGGAUAUACUUCGCACAUGGAUAGGUCACUGUUGUAUAUGAGAAGUUGGGAAGAUAGAGGGAAAUUUUAAUGUGUAUCUGCAUGCAAUGAUUAACCAAUGUUAACGAUAAACGAUUCUGAGUGGAGUUCGGUUAAUAGCGUUGUUUUUCCAACAAUAUAUAUGUUACAUUAUGGUAAAAUAAUUAUAUAUUUUUUUAUAUAAAGUAAUUUAGAAGAACUUCCAGGAUAUAUUACCUAUCAAAUGCAUAUACAGAGACUGGACUUUGAGCUCAGAUUUAUCACUUUUCUCACCACGGCAUCAAAUAUAUAUAUUUAUAUAUAUAUAUAUAUAUAUAGUUUUUUUUUUUACUUUAUUCAAGUUUAAAAGUCACACUGAUAAAACCAUAUUGUCACAAUAAAAAAUAUUGGAUUCGACAAAUGAUUAUUCCUCGUGAAAUUUGAAAUUUAAAAUAUUAUGUUAAAACGCUUGCUUUAUUUAAUAUCAUUUAAUAUAAAAUUAUAUUAAGAGAUAAAAAUUUUGUUUUUUUUAUUCUUAGUUCCAUAUUUUGUGGUCUUGUGAUCAUUUUCUUAUUUUUAGAAUAUUUUUAAUACUUGUAAACUAUAAAAUAUAUUUAAAAAUUAUGGUAAAUUUAUUGCACAUAUACUCAUUCUAUACCCUCAAGAGUGUUUUCCUGCAAGCUGGAUUGGUAUAAUACGAGGAUAAAACCUAUUGUAAAUCUAAUAGCUCUCUUUCAGUAUGAGUUGAAAAUCUGACGUAGAGUGUAAUGUAUACAAUAUAUAUUAUUCAAAAAGGUACUUAUAAAUGUCUGAAAUUUGCAUUCUAUCAGUCCAUCACCAUAAAAGAACUUAAAUUUAUUAUAGUACUGUUGUGUACUUACAUAAUAUUAUUAUUAAACUUUAUUUUUUUACUUGUCAGCUCUCAACUAGAAACUUACAUUUGCUCUAUUGGAGUAGACACACUCCAGUCGGCGCCGUCUACUUAUUAUAUUAACCCCAAAAGGACUCUAAAUAAUCGUCCUGUAUAUAUGUACUUGCAGUUUGUUAUUAUUGCACUAUAACACUUAAACGGAUUAACCAAACAAAAGGAGAAGAUGUUCCGUUUUCUCUUCGAAACAAUAAACAUAAUUAUCUAUACCACCUACUAUAUAUAUUUUAUCGAUGAUUCCCGAAAUUCAAGUAGGAGAACGAACGAAAAUUAAGUUAUCGAUAAUUUUAAGGUUUAAAAUAAUAUAAAUAUUUGAGAGUAGUACGCAUUUAAAGAAAAAUAAAAACUGUGUUUUGAAAAUAAAGAGACCUUUAAACAUUUCGUGGCAUUUAUUUUAGCCAAUAACUUUUAAUUUUUCGCUUUAAACCUUUAAAGAAUAAUAUUGUAUUUAUACGAGUAAUUAAAGAUACAAAUAAUUGAAUAAAUAUUAUUAUACGUACCUAACAUCAACUGAAACGCAUGCAGUACCUCUAAAUUAUUAUGAGACACUGCCAAAUGAUUAUUAUUUCCUCGAUUAGUGUCGAGCUAUACUAUACUUAUGUCUCAUUAGCUCUGAAAUUUGAAUAACAACCGAUGCGUGUAAUAUUAUGUGAAGCAAUGUUUCGUAUAAAAAAUACUUCUUAUCUCUUCAAAUAAUAUACCUUUCUUUGAUAAUAAUGAUAAGUCAUGCAAUAUAAUAAGUAUCAGCUAAAUGUCAUAGAAAAGAAUUCGAGUUAUCGAGUGUAUUUCCAUAAUUCGACUAAGUAGGAACGAGUUUAAAGUUGCAUGUUGACGCGUCGGGAAACAACAUAUAAUAUUCGUAUUGACAUGAAUCUACCGUUACAAUCUAUAUUAAGUAUAAAUUAUACCUAUGUCCAGUAUCUAGUUAUUUUAAUAACACGAUAUACAUAUAUUAUACUUAUAUUUAUAUUAUUUAAAAGUAUAAAUUUACUCUCGUAAACUUUUUCAUUAACGUAAUAUGUUGUCCACUCCUUAUAUAAAUCAAAUAAAAAAUUUAGAAAUUCUUUGCAAAUCCAUAUAAUAAAUUAAAUGCGUGGACACGUCAUUAAAAUGUAUAGGCAUGCAAAUAUUAUUGUAAACGCAAAUUUAUGAAUAUUUCUAAUUUAUCUAUACCACAACUUGUAGUAUUUGAUAGAUCUUAUGUACUUGAAUACACCACUAAAGUUGAUACUUUUUAUAAAUUGUUGUUUCUAAGUUAAAUUUAUACGUGUAUAUAUUAUUUUUCAAUCGUUUAAUUUUAGAUUAUUUCGAAUUUUCACCGAAUAUAGAGACUGCUGCACUGUAUUGUGUCUGUCAUAUACCUAUAAUAUAGGUCCUAUAUAAAUUAUUUAUUUAUAUAUUUUUCCUACUGCGUUUGGUAAUUUCUAAUUUAUACCGAAUGAGUUCAAACUCAAAAAUUACAAUUUUUUUGUAGGUAGAUUGAAGUGAUAAAAGUUAGGUUAAACUUUAGUAAGUGUAUUUGUUAGAUAUGUACGCCCCUACAGACUCCUCAAACCAUUUUGAUAAUUAAAUUGCACCAUUUUUUUUUUCGGAUAUAGGUAUUAAUAUUGCCGUAUAAUAUUGAAUUGUUUUAAUAGUGGUUAUUAAUUUUUCUGUAAAGAAAAUUUCUAUCAAAUAAAACAGGUGAGGAUAAAUUCUACUCUAAUGACGGGAAUCUGCUGCUCACGAAUGUUUUUAUUGUAAUCUAAAUAAUAUUUAAACUUUUAAAAAGGUUUGUAAAAAUGAUUAAUGUUUUUUGAGGAAUUAUUUAUAUUAUCAUUUAUACAUAUAUAGAAUAUCAUCGUCAACCCGUCGUCUAAAAAUUUCACCAUGCGUCAAUUAAUUUAAUUUUUUGUAGUAGAACGUAAAAAAACUAAUGUAGAUUAGAAAAUACAAUUUUCGCAUUUUUCAAGUUAUAAAUUCAAAAAUAUCAAUUUAGUCGAACAGAAAUGCAAUAUUUUAGUGAGAAAUCCUAUUAAUAGUUAUUGUGCGAUUAUGUAUGCAUUUUCUCAAUAUCUGUUUAUAGUACUUAAUUUGGAAAAUGGCCAGUUUCGAAACAAAAGUUUAAAUUUAUAUUAUUCAUGGGAGUAUAUAUAAUAUAUGAAUUAUAUAUCAUAGUUUAUAAUAGGAUGAGAUAUUAAAAAAUAAUUGAAAUCGAAAAAUCCCAUAAAAAUGUUUUACAGUCAAUUAUUCCUAUAUUUUAUUUUGAAAUUGUUUAACAUUAGAUUAAAUAUUAGGUAUGCCGCAAAAAUUAGGUAUCUAGAAGUGCCACGAAUUCCGUCCCUAAAUUUCAAGAUGUUAUUUGUAGGUGAGAAGUUGGGAAGAUAAGAUAUAAAGGGGAAUUUAAUUUAUAUCUGUAUGCAACAAUUAACCAUUACUAAUAAAAACGAUUCUGAGCGGAGUUUGUUAUAAAUGUUUUAAAAGGUAUAUAAUAUAAUAUAAUGAAAUAUUUACGAUUUUCGUCAAAAUUGAAUACUGAAACUCUUAUAAAAAAAUUAAAAAUUCUACAUUAAACUUAAUUUUUUCUUGUUGACCUCUAAGUACAACUAAAAAUGAACUUCCUGUUAAAUUUUCAAACAUUUUUGUUUGGUUAAACAAUUUUAUCCACUGAGUACUUACCGAAUAAAAAUAACGUAAAAUAUUCUGAAAAUUAAUAUGUCUAUAAAAUAAAUAUAAGAUUUCUGUCUUUCUAAAUUUAAAGUCCUUAUAAUUAUUUUUAACUGAAUUAAAAUAAAAAAAAAAUAAUUGAAAAUAAUUAAAGCAUUAUUUUAGUACAUUUUUCGUUUUUCUUGCAUUUUUUCCUGCAUAAUGAAAAUUGAGAAAAUUAAAAAAUUAUCUCCCUACCACCCCAGAUAAAUUUCCUUUCAUAAAAGGUUCUACACUUGAAAGUCGGAACAAGAUUUCUGGUAGAAUUUUUGUACACAGUAUAAAAUAAAUAAAUAAAUAAGCAUGGUUGUUAAACCAAUACACUUUUCGCUUCGCUCAGAAUCUAAAACUUUUCUAUUAUUUUUUUGUUUAUAUUUAUAGAUUUAUAUUCUAUAUUAUUCGAAUAUACAUAAUACAUUUUUUGUUUGCGAUGAUUUUUAACGAUAUUGCCAUCUUGCUGUUGAUAUAUAAAUCAUAACAGAUAUACCUAGUACCUACAUAUAUUAUUAUAUAAGUUUUAAUAACAAAUAUCGCAAAAUUUAAUGGAUUUUCUUAAUAUAUUUAAACACGCAACUAUAAAUAUUUCACGUCAAGGAGUUUUUUUAAGGGCAUGGUACAACUUUCUAUUGUAAAUAUUAUGGAAUAAGUAUAAGUAUUUAAGUUUACCCACUUGAAUUUGUAUUUUUUAAUCUAUUAAUAAACUAAGAUAUUGAUUUAAUAUACAAUUAUCAUGCACGAGGGAAAAAAUGUUUUUUUUGUUGUUUUUUGUAAAUGAACUCGAGUCAUUUUUCUAUACAAUAAGUAAAUGCAGUUUCUUUUAGAUUCUGUACACAGCGAAAAAUAUAUGUUGAUUUUAUUAUGAUGUGUGUUUUUUUUCUAUCAGUUAACAACUUUUCUGUCAGAAAUGUUGUUCCAAUCAAAAAAAUAAGAAAAGAGCGUUUUUGUAGUAUUUUGGAUCUAGUUGAUGUAGCCAUUGAAUUUCUAAGCUGUUUUCACAAUAAUUGAGAAAAACCGGAAAAAACUUAUAAAACAAAAACAGGAAAGUUUACGAAAGUAACGAUUUCACUAUUUUUGUUAUAAUUCGGUUAUAAAUAAUCAUAGAGACGUUAGAAUUUUUAACCAAAAUAUUCUGGUGAUUAUUGAUCUCUUCCUAGGUAUUUGAAAUUUUUGAAUUUGUAAAGUUUUCAAUUAGUUUUUAUGAGGAUAGAAUUCUUUGGUUGAUUAAAAAUUAUAAGUUGUAUAUAGUAAUAAAUAAAAAAAUGAGCGUAUUAAUACUAUACACUACUAUAUACUGCUAUAUUAUUUCCGAUAGCAAUUUUUUUUGUAAGCAUUUCAAGUUUAACUUUUGACGAAAAUUAUAAAAAUCACGGCUUUUUAAAAUAUGUUUAACAAAACUUCGCUCAGAAUCGUAUUUCGUCAGCAAUGAUUUAUUGAUGCAUACAGAAAUUAAUUAAAUAACUUGAUGUAUCCUACCUUCUAAAUGUCUUUCCUCAGAACAAUAAAACAAUAGUACACCCAUCACUCAUCAGCAGCAUAAGUUUUUUUUUUUUUAGAUUCGGAGCAUCGAGGGAUCUAUUGGGUUUACUCUGAUAUGUGUGUUUUGUUUUUGUUUUUUUUUUUCAUACAAAUUUUCAAAUAAAUUUUUCGAUGAUAUACAUUCAAAUUCGUAUAAUCUUCAAUUAUUAUUGUUUAUUUCGUAAUGAACUAAACAGAAGAAAAGAAAAAUAGUAUAAAUUGCAAAGAUCUUUAUAGUAUUUAGUACGUAUACUUAACUGCAAAGACUGAACUACUUAACAAUUUUUAAGUACCUGUAUACAAUCUUCGCAUGACUAAUUGAAUUCAUCGCGUUAGGUAUGCUUUAAAAACUCAUAAGUUUUAUGUUUGUUUUUCUUUUUUUUUUCUUGUAAUUUUCUUAUUGUUUGUAGAAACUAUUACAAUUUUUAUAGAAUGUAUAGACCAGCCAUUAGACUGGCCAUUAGAAAAAAAUUGAAUGGCUAUUAUAUAGUUUAUUUUAUUUUAUAUACCUACCUAAUACAAACUAUACAAAUUUAAUGCGUUAGCAUCUUUGAAAAAAAAACCAACAACUCACUUAUAUUAAUGACCUCGACUUUUUAAGAAAUUUAAAAUGUAUUUAUAAUAUCAUUAACUAAACUACUAAAGGAACGAUAUUGAUUCAAAAAAUAAAUAAAUAUAUAUAUAUAUAUAUGUGUGUGACAGGCCAAACCCGAUUUCAGGAUAAAUUAGUUUAUUCUGAAAAUAAAAUUCUAGUGUAACAUCCAGACUAAGCAAAUUAAGACUGUCGAUAAUAUUAAAUCAUAAUAUAGAAUAAUGGAUACCUACUACAGUUAUCGUAUACACAAUGAUGACAAAUGUAAUAAAUAUGAUGAAAUAAUAUGUUAUAGAAAAUAGAAAUUCCAAUAACAAUAAUUGCGAUUAAUGUAAUACAGUGCAUUGCAUUACUAUAAUAGUAAUCAUGAUAGAAACAAUACUGCAGUUUAAGUAUUAUUGCAGUUAUGUUCAUCCCUCUGUCAGUCUAAUCGAUUCGAUGUCAUUAUAUAGAUUACAUUUUAUGAUUGAUAUGAUUAAAAUGAUUUAUAAAUAUAAACGUCUUGUAUCUUAAUACUAUAAUAUACUAAUACAGACAGCCUCAAUGAGAUGAGCUUAGGUUAUACUAGUUCGUUCUGAAAUAUGAAUUAUAAUAUCAGGAUAAACUAGUUCCUGAAAUCGGGCCUGUAACACAUAUAUAUCUACUAAUUCAUUAGCAGAAUUUAAACUUGAUCAAUGUGUGUUUAAUUUUAACUAAACAGUCGUUGUAUAGUAAUGUGUAGUUAGAUAUUAAUUUAAUAUUGGUUCAUUAUUGAUCCAGUAAUUAACUGUAGAACAAAAAAAAGAGAUUUACCGUAGGUACCUAUAUAAAAUUGAUUUUACGGACAAUAAUACUGUCCAUUUUAUAUACGCAAAAACCGUUUCUUUCACGGGUUAACUAAACAGCAGUAAUAAUGAUUAUAGUAAUAUAUGUAACAAUAUGUGUAGGUGAUAAUAAUUUUUGUUUAUUAUAUACACAUUUUAUCACUUGUUCAUCGCUAGCUGGCACACCUCCUAUUAUAUAUAGUUGAUAAUAAACAAAAAUCGCCACCAAAUUUCGUUAAACACUAUAAAUAUUUAACCUACUUAAUAAAUACCAUAAGAUAAACAUCACCUACCCACUUAUACUUAAAUUGUAUUCUGAAAAACGUUUAGUGUUAUUAUUAUUAUUUACUUUUUUUUUUAUGCAAUAAAUUUAAUUUAUUGUUUAGCCGGAAAACUUGUUGUUGGCCAGCAAAGUCAAAGGUGCCGCGGUUAAAUUGGCCGAUUUCGGAUUGGCCAUCGAGGUACAGGGCGAUCAACAAGCGUGGUUUGGCAAGUUAUCCCGAUUAGUUUGUGAUGUCUUAGUUGUACCUAUUUUGUGAUACAUUUUGUAAUUUUUUUCAGGUUUCGCCGGAACUCCGGGAUACCUCUCUCCCGAAGUAUUGAAGAAAGAGCCGUACGGUAAACCCGUAGACAUAUGGGCUUGCGGUUAGUCAAGCCUCGCAUUUUAAAAUUAUUUCGAAAAUAUUUUAUUUUUAACACGACCGUCACUUUUAUUUUAAUAUUAUAGGUGUGAUACUUUACAUAUUGUUGGUUGGAUACCCACCUUUCUGGGAUGAAGAUCAACACAGAUUGUACGCCCAGAUUAAAGCCGGCGCUUAUGAUGUAAGUAUUAUGAUUAUAAUAUAUAAAUAAAAAAUAUAUUAGUAGGUAUAACAAAUAUUUUUCAUUCAUUUUAAAGACAUAUUAUAUUGAUAUUUACAAACUUGCAAUGUAUAAUAUAUUUAUCGAUACAGUAAUAUUAACCAUAACUUAUUUAAACACACAGUUCGAAAUCAGAAUAAUCAAAACUAAUAUUUUAUCUAAAUUAUUACAGACAAAUUAUGACAUAGUGAGAUUAACCCAUUUCAACUUUGUAUGAAUAAUGUUUAAAUAAAACAAUCAGUAAGAUAACUACGAAAAAUUAAUUAUUUUUCGUCAAAAUUAAUUAAUAAUAUUGCAAUGAUUCGAUAUAUAAUAAUAAAAAUUCUGUUUUCCGAACUCAUUUUUUUUGAUUUACCCAAUAGAAAAAAAAAAAAAAAAACUAUAAUUUUUUAAUUUAAAAUAUUUUAUAAAUGUUCAAUUCUCAAAGUUAAAAUUGUACUAUUAAAUAACAUUAAACAUUCCGGUACAAAAAACUGAUAUUAACGAUUUUUAUGGUUUUUGAAGUAUAAUUAUAAAAUUAUAGAAGUACAUCAUUAAGCUAUUGUUGUAUUUUAAUUUGAUGUUUUAACUGGACAUUAUUUGGAAUAUUUAUUUUUAAAGAAUUGUUCCAAUAUUAUUAAGUUAAUACAUAUUUCCAUUUUCAAACAAAUAACGGCUUGUCUAAUUGACAAUAAAAGACAUGUUAAAUAGAUAAAUUAGUUAAAUUAUUGUUAUUUAAUUAUAUUUAAUUAUAUAACCCUUACUUGUUAACGAUACUUUGAACAUUAUUCAAAUGAAGUCAAUUUUAGAAAUCCAAAAUUGUUGAAUUCACUCAAAAUGUUCAUAAAUAAUAUUUUUCAUGAUUUACAAUGAAAAAAAUUAAUCUUGUGUGUUUUUCUAUUAUAAAUAAUUGUCUGUUAUAGAAUACAAGAAAUAAGUAAUCUAUACUCAUAACAAAUCUCAAAUAUUAUUAUUUUCGAAUUACGUAUACCACAAAAAAACAAAAAUGAUUUUAGGACGUGUCUAACAUGUCAAUAUUUUAUUUUUAUUUUUUUGAUAAUACUUCGCAGUAUUUAUCAAAAAUUAGUCUUAAAGACUUAAAUACUAUUUACAUACAAUGACAUAGGUUAAGGUACCUUUAACCUUUUUAUUAUGAAACUCAUUCUAAUCAAUAAGCUAUAAUAACUAGCAAAAUGAAAUGUAAUAGUAACAAUAGUUUACGAGAUCGUAUUAAUAAAUACGAAAAAUGUGUUUAUUUUUGAGUUAAAGUAUUCAGAAAGAAUGUUAAUAUUGAAUGUGUAAAUUACCACUUGAAAAUUCAUAUUUUUAUUUAUGUUUCUAGAAAAAAUUUUCGUUUUCGUUUUAAUAACUAACUGACGCGUACAAUAAAUUGUUGAAGUGUAAAGUAGCAUUUAUAUUUGAUUAUUUUUAAAUUUGAUUACUUUAAUGAAAUUCGCGAAGUUUUUUCGUUUAAAAUUAUAAUUUGUUUUUGUAUGAUUUCACAGUAUCCGUCGCCUGAGUGGGAUACAGUUACGCCAGACGCAAAAAAUUUAAUUAACCAAAUGUUAACCGUGAACCCUGCUAAACGGGUCACAGCAUCUGACGCACUCAAACACCCGUGGAUAUGCGUAAGUUGGUUAAUUUUUAGGUUAUUUUGUAUAGUUAUUUUUUUUUUUAUAAACCGAUGAUCAUGUACCCAAAGGAGGUAAUCAAACCAAGAAUAAACCUAUUGAGGUACAGGAGAAAACCGAAUCGUGAGUAGUUUCAUCCCGUCCUGAAAACUUCACUAAUAUUCGAUUGACGUUUAAAUUUGUGUUUCCUGACAUGGCAUAAAUAUAAAAAUAAUAGAAUCUUUACUCCAUUUUAUUAUUAAACAAUAUAACAUUUAACUGUAUGAACUCUAAACCAAUUAUGCAAAUAGAAUAUAACUUAUUAUUUUGGUAACAUAUAUAAUACCUAUAGAGUAUAGAUAUAUGACGGAUCAUGAUGUUUUAUUUGACUAUACCUACAAUUUUCCAUAUUACACUGUCAAAAAAUAUACCAUUCGUUGAUUAAUAAUGUACAUUAAAAUCAAAAUACUAAAGGCUUUAUAUUAUAAUAUUAUAUAUUAUACAUUAUUAUUUAGUAAACAUAUUAUAAUGGAAUUUUUAAAUUAUGACUUUAAUAUUUGAUAUUUUAUACUAUGCAUACGUUUAAAUAAUCAUGUUUUCCUCAAGAAAAAAAAACUAGUUAUACCUACAAAACAUUAAACUACUUAUAGAUAUAUAAUAAUAUGGUCAUGUGUUUUUUGUAUAGUUAAUUUUCCAAUAGACCUUCGUAAUAAUUUCUAAACCUAUUCGUGUUAUUGUUUUAUGCCAUGUUAAUAUAAUAAUAUCGAAUUUCCAAUAAUCAACUUUUAAGUAAUGCACGUUUUCUAAUGGUACCAACGUGGUCGUCAUUUAUAUACAUACAUAGUAUUGCGUGGACGAUAAAUUUAUCGAAAACACCCCACCAUUAUCCGUGUGUCUUACGCGUGUACCCCCAAAACUCAUGUAUAAUACAACAUAAUAUAAAUACGUUCAGUUUUGGAUUUUUAUGAACAUAUCGCAUGCGAACAUAAUUCUCAACGAUAUUCGUAAUGUAAUUCUGAUGGCUCGUUGUGUUUCAGUAUCGUGAGAAAGUGGCAUCGGCUGUACACAGACAGGAAACGGUCGACUGCUUGAAGAAGUUCAACGCUAGACGAAAAUUAAAAGUAAAUUUUAGAUUUUCUAAAUUUAUCUACAUAUUACGAUUUACGUCCGGUGCAAAUUUAAACACAUAUUUCGUGUUGACAGGGUGCCAUUUUGACGACAAUGUUGGCUACAAGGAACUUCUCCAGUAAGUAUGAUGUACACGGUAAGUGCCUCAGGAACCUCAGACCAAUUAUGUGUGAAUGAAUAUAGGUGAAAACGUGGUUUUUUUUGUACAUUUUAGAAUAUUGUUUUUUUUUUUAAUUAGAUACACCGCGAAUAUAUACGUGUACAUAAAACAUGUUGGUUUGAAACACAAUUUUAGAUGUUUACCAAUGGGUAUGGCAUUGUAUAUAAGCUAUAAUUUAUUGGUGUAACCUGGGGGGGGGUUACCCCAAACAAUAGAAAAAAUAUGAUUAGGAUUUUUUUUUUUUGCCUAGUAUUUACGUGAACGUAAACAAAUGGGAUUAUAAAGUGAACAUAGUAUACCAUUUAUACUAGAUUUGUUUAUUUAUAUUUUCUGUUCUCAUGCCAGGUUGAUGUACCUACUUAUAUAAUGUAUUUAUUUAUACUAUUGGUAUCAACGAAUACACCAAUAAGAAAAUUAUAUUCCCUAUUUCUACCUUUAACCUUUAUUUCUUUCAAACCCUUUAGUAUGCUAUGUUUUUUUCAUAUUUUAUAUUUUAUAGUGCUGCAUAAAAAUUAUAUAAACAUCAUAAAAAAAAACCCUUAUGUACAUUUAUAUGAACAUGUCUGAAACAUUGACCUAGAGCUAUAUACAUAUUUUAAUCCUUUACCCUAAACCCUCACGCGUAGCUGCAUGCAGUAGGUUUUAAUGAUUAAGAAAUAAAAAUACAGAUAAAAUAUAUUACAAUUUAUUUUCGUUCAAACGCAAUUUUAAUGUUAAAUUUUUGAAAAUACAAAUUAAUUAAAACUUAUAUAGUGUACAGCACCUUUUUAUAAGUUUUAAAUUAUAAAUAUGAUAUAAUUAUUUUAUUUGUUGUACAAUAGUUUUAAUUUAUUACAUUUUUAAUGUAGAAAAACAUUCAAAUAUAAAUCUUUUUAAAAAGGAAAGGGUAAAUUUGUAACUAUAACAUAUUCUUUGUAUAUUUGUGUAUUUGUAUAUUAUUUUAACAGGCAUAAGUUUAAUCAAAUAAAACCUAAAACGGUUCAAAAAUACUCUUAAAAUACACUCACGUCUAAUAAUUAUAUACUUAAUACAAAUCACGUUUAAAAUCUAUUACUAUAGUUUUUACUUAAUAAAUAAUAAUACAAAUAUCGUUAUAUUUCUUUUCUAUAAUUACCUAUUACGUUCUCAAAUAAAUAUCCGCUAUCAUGAUCGAAUCACGAUCACAAAUAAUAUCGAAUUAUAUUAUUUGUUUACAUAAUAGUUUUGUUAAAAGGUACACUUUUUAUCUAUUUGAAUAAUACAAAUAGCAAGUUAUAUUAUAUUAUCAUACAUUUAUCAAGAAACAGUACAUAUAACCGCUAAAUCAUUAUAGAAUAAUUUAUAAUACCUAUAUUUAAAGUUCAUCUUGGUAAUAACCAAAUUAUAAUAUCAUAAUAUACAUUCCUUUCAAUUGAUAAUACAUACCAAUUUAUUAUGUAGGCUAUAUAUUUGUAUUAUGGUUCAAUCAUAUAAAUACAUAAAUAGCUAUACAACUGUAUGAAAUAAUCUUACAAGAGCGGUUGUGAAUUGACAGCCAAAUACCAACAGGAAGAUAAUGAAAUAAAACAAUUUGUUAUUGUAGUUCAUAUAAGCAUAACGCAGACUGAUGUAUAGAAUUAGAAACAAGAAGUGCCUCCUGAAAAACUAGUAAUAGAGCGGGGAGCAUGGCUUAUAUUUUUCCUUUAAGAGCCCUAACGCCGUCUUAGCAAGGACUUUUAGAACUAAUUAUUUAUUAAGUAAUAACAAGUAUCUGCUAUGACGACACGCGAUGCUGGGGCUCAUAAAGAAAAGGCUUCCUCGGACACUUGCAAUUCUAUAUUUCUUUUUACCCACGAUAUCAGUGCUCAUUUCAAGUUCUGUAUAUCUUAGUCCAUACAUCAUAGUAUAAUUCAUAACAUAAACAAAUAUUUCAUGAGUUAAACAAAACAAUUUGCCCACUUGGUACAUGGCUACCAUGUUUAAAAUUCACUCAUAGAAUCGAUUCUUUAAUCAUUUCAUUAUCUAUGGUUUCAAUCAGUUAAGCCCUUAUCAAUAAAAUCCGUAUUUAUUUGUUUCUAUAAUUUUAACUGUGUAAACGUACACAAUUUUUUUGAGCAUAUUAUUAUUAUCUUUACAUUUAGAUAAAAAUAUAGUUGUAGAUAAAAUGUUUAAAACCGCAGAAACAGUAUUUGCCGUGUGACUAAUAUUUACAUAAACAAUAUACCUAUAACCUUGUGCCGAGAGGACAACCAUAGGAAUAUAGUUAAUAUAAAAAAAUGAAAUACAUACGAUCGUGUUCUAAACAUUAUCAUCUCCAAAAGUAAUUUUUGGGGACACAAUUUGGUUAUUGUCUUCCCGGCUGAAAGAGGACACUUCUAUGGGUACAUAAAUUGUAGAACUUGAUUCCUUACAGAUUUAAGUUACUACAGUAGGUAGUUCCGAUUCUUACUUUCUUCGAUUGAAUUUAUUUUUAUUUUACUAUCCUGCGUCUAUUUAUUUAGCUAGAAAAACAUGAUAUUAUUAUUCACCAAGUAAAAAAAAAUCCUACCGUGGUGGUAAAAAUCGACUUUCGAUGGCCAUGAUAUUGCCUAUAAAAGAGUGAGAGUGACGCCUUUAUAUUUCGUACACGCGUGACACGUGUAUCUGAUAAAAUUAUCCAUUGAUUUAAAAUAAUAUUAUAAAUGCUGAGGUUCUAUAUGAGGCGCUUACUUGAACUAUCGAUAUACGAAAAUAUAAACACACUAUUAUAAUAUUAUUAUUAUGUUACGAUUUGAUGAAUAUAAAAAAAAGAGAAAAACUGAGUUGUUGAGCAUUGAAUAAUAUUAAUGUUGAGCACAUUUUUAUGUUCAUCAGACUAAUCUCAAAACUUACCUGUAAAUUAUUUUUACCUUUCAUCAUUUGUUUUGUUUUUUGUGAUUUUAUUUGUUUUCGUUCACUCUUCCCUGUACUCUUCGCGAAUAUUCUAUAAACGCACUUCACUACACUUCUAUACCUUCUUCAAAAACUACCAUAAAAUUUUCCGGAACAGGAAGUGGUAAGACUGUAUCUAUAACAAAUAUUUUAUAUAUAUUUAUUUUAUUUUUUCCGAUUUACAUUAAUAUUUUGUGAACGUCAUUGUUUUGGUAUUAUACAAUAAUUCUUUUUUUGGGCGUUUGCUUUAUUUUAUUAAUUUAUUACUCUAGAUAAACUAUAGAUGUUGUACUUAUAUAUUUUUUUAUAUAUUUCUUUAAUCAUUUUUAAUGCGAUCACAUCACUUUUGGGUUGUUGUUGAAAAUGGGAAACGAUUGCUAGCAGUCUCGAUACUAUAAUUUUUGUAAUACGCUUCUCCAUAACGCAUGUUUAUUAAUACUUAUAUAAUAGUACCUAUACCUAAUAUUAAUAUACUAAUUAUUAAGCAUUUUUUUUUUUAUAUAAUACAAUAAACAAAUGCACGAAUUACUAUAUAAUGUAAUAUACUUUACCUUGGUUCAAUUUUCGUAUUAUAACAUUAACAGUAUUUCUAGGGCCGGUGUAAACAUUGCAGCAUAGGUACCGUCAAUGCUUUUUUGUAGUGGUAAAACUAUUUUUUUAGGAAAAAUGUCGAUUUCAAAAUUUAACAUAUCUUCAUGAUUUAAAAAUCGGUAACACCGGUCCUGAAUAUACUGGUGAAUGUGCACAUAUAAAUGCAUUUAUAAUUUCUAUACCUUAUGAGUUAUCGCUGUUAUUGAAUUUCAAGGCAUGAUCGGACUAUAAUAUUGUAAUGCAUAUUAUUAUUAUUUUGCUGGAGCAUAUUUUAACAUAAUAUUAUAUUAUCUGUUAGUUUUGUUAUACAAUUAAUACUUGUAUAUACUAAAUUAUUUUAAUUAGCAUAACCGUUUGAUUAUUAUAACCAUACAAUAAUAAUUAUUAAAUCAAAUUUAGUAUUUGAUAAUAUUUAAUUUUUUUUUUUUAAAUCUUUGAUUCAUUUUAAAAUAGUGUUAAUUUUUCAAAACACAAUGUUCUUUUUUUCAUAUUUUGAACCUAUAUAAUAUUUUAUAUCUAUGUGCUUGUAAAUUAUUCGUAAGAAAUUAUUUUCGUAUAAGUUUAACAAUUUUUGCGCUCAAAGUACCUAAAAAUAUUCAAAUUUUUGUAGGUUCAAAUAUAUUGUGUUGAUUGACAACAAAUAAUGACGAGCAAUUAUUACCGCAUUUCCGUUUGAUUUCAUUAUUAUCUCACUAUAUUAACUACGAUUUGUUUUUUUUUUUUGUUGUUGUUUAUAUUAUUUACUUUAACAACGUCUAUUAGAAUAUAUACGUUAUUCUAAUUUUGAAUAUUAUUACAUUUUUGUUAUUCGUUGAAAUAUCCGAUAUUUAGCAUUACAAUAAUGUAAAUAUAAUGUAUUAUAUAUAUAUUUUUUUUAAAAUGAAUUGAGUUGAAAACCAAAACAAAAAUUAUAAUAAUUAAUAUUUUGAUACCUAUUGGGUCACAGGAUUAGGUGCGAAAUUCGCUUAUUCGUAAUAUCAGCUAUUCUACAUCUAUUCUGUAUAAAACGGUACAUUAAAACGAUAUAAAAUGUGUACUUCAAAACUAAAAUUAAUUUAUAAUUUUUUCUGGUUACAGUUGUGAUAAGUAUAAAUUUUAUUAAUUUUAUAUAUAAUACUGGAGUGCGUAAGGUUUAAAACAUAACUCACUCCUUAGUUAAAUUUACAUGAUAUUUUUUUUCAUCGAUUUUGAUAACAACUUCAGAGCUGUAAAGUUGUUGUAUGGAAACCAUACAACACAAUUCUUCUGCUUAAUAAAAUGAGAUUUUGAAAUAAUACUGUUAAUACUACAUUACCGGCCCAGUAUCGGUUUUUAAAAUAGUCUGGAAUUUUGUAAAAUUUGAAAACUAUUUUUAACAUUUUAAUGACCACCUUAAAGAUUAGACUUUUAAUCUACUGCGCGACACCCAUUUAGGAAAAAGGGUCACAGUCGUUAUAUUACAUUUUUAUAAUAUUUUCCUCCAAAUUUUUAUUUUUUUUUCAUUGAUAUACAACAACAUUCUAUAAACCACACAGAUUCCAAUUUUUCAAUUAAUUUCAAAUAAUGGUACCAAGUUUGUAAAUAAUAAAAAAAAAGAGUAAAAAAUUUACCUUUUUAUAGGCGUAUUUUAAAUUUGUAACAAUAAUUUUGAAAAACGGAAUUUAAUGCGGUAUAUAGGAAGUUCUUCUUUCCACCAAAAUAAUAAUUAUCGAAAUCAGAUCGCUCUACGAGGAAUGAAAAUUUAUCACUUAUGGAAUAAUGUUUUUGAGCCAAAAAACACGUCAGCUUCUAUUCGAUUAUAGUUAUCAAAAUGAGUUUUUUUUUUUACAAAUAAGUUUAACAAAACUAAAUUUUCCAAACUGUCUAUAUUAUAGUUAAAACUCCAUUUAAAAUGUUUUUCAACUCAAUUUAAAUGUAAAAUAUAUAAUAUAUUUUAAGUACGUAUUUAUUUACGAGUAAUUUUACUGUACGUACUACAUUAUUAUAAUUCAUUUUCGUAUUUUUUCAUUUAUUAUUAUUCUACUAGAUGUUUAAAUUACUUACUUACUAAUGAAUUAGUAUUUUUGAGUUCAUAAUCACAUUGUGUUACAUGGCUAAUCAUUCAUAUCAACUAUAAUUUGUCAGGUCGCAGUAUUGUAACUAACAAAAAAGGAGACGGGUCUCAAGUGAAAGAAUCAACUGAAAGCAACACAACAUUAGAAGACGAUGAUGUCAGGGGUAAGUAGACAUAAUUAAUAUAAAACAUAUAAUACAUGUAAUUUUAUAUUAAAAUCUAUUCAGGGUUUUAAAUAAUAUUCCUUCGUUUUUUUUUUCGUUUUAUAAUAAUUUUCAUAUUAUUACACUUUAUAUUAUAAUAUACUUUAUUAUGAUUAUCUAUUUCUAUAAUUUUCUUAAAACCUAUAUAAUAUUUAAUAUAUGUAUAAAUAAUAUGCAUGUUUUUGCAUUGAUAUAAUAAUAUAAUACAUUCAUAAAUAAACAUUAGAUACAUUUUUUGAACAAAUCCUUAAAUAAACACACUUGAACAACAUAUUAUAAUAUGUAAAACUCGUAAAAUACCAAAACUGUAAUAUUGCAAUAAUAAACGUUAAAUUAUAAUAUUAUCCUAAUAUUUUCUAUACGUAUAUACUUAACAGUAAAAACGAAUCCAGUUAAAAAAUAAUAUUAACAGUUAAUACAUAAUAAUAUAAUACUUAUCAAACACGACAAAAUGUUUAACAAUUUAACAUUGUACAGCAGUACCUAUAGUAAUUAUAAUGUUAUUUGUCGUUAAAUACCUAUACGAAUUAUUAAUUAACAUCUAAACAAAAUAUUAUAAUUCAAGUAUAUUAUUUAAACGCAUGACACCACGAAUAAUAACUUCACCGAGAAUCGUGAACAAAUCCGUUACAUAUAGGUAAUUUUUAAUAAUUUAAUUAAUUUUUUUUUUUUAAAUAAUCGAUUACAAACCGAUAAUACUUAUAAUAUCGUUAUUAUAUAAAAAAAAAAAAAAAAAAAAACUAUUUCUGUAAAUAUUAUAUUUUAUACUUUUAUACAUAUUAUUGUUAUACCCCGGCUGCUUGCUUGUAAAUAAGAGCAGUGUGACGCUUACACUUUUAGGAAUACACACCUUAUAUUAUUAUAUUGUAAUAGUUAACAUUUAUAACAAAAAAAACAAUGCCGUAAACACAUAAUAUUAUGUUACAACCGAUACAUUAUUAUUCUUAAAUGCCGACUUAGGUAUAUAUAUAUAUAUAUAGGUACGACAUUUAGCAUGACCACCAUCCCUCUAUAUAUUAUAUUACACAUCCCUAUAUAUAUAUAUGUAUACACACACAUAUACAAAUAUACUUACAUUAUAUUAGGUAUGACAUUUAGAAAGCCCGGUGUAGGAGUUUUUUUUUAUGUAUAUAUAUAUAUAUGUAUGUAUUAUGCAUGCGUAGGGAAUACCAACUCCCAUCCCAGGAUGUGGUUGGGAACUCACUCUGUAAACACAUUCCUAUAUAUGUUAUUACUCAAACUUCAUAGUCCAUAAUAUACAAUAUUUUUGAACAUAAUACAUAAGAACAACAAAAAAAAUCAGUCUUAAAAAAAAAAAAAAACGAACAAAAAGAUCGUAUACCGUUUACCAAUUUGUUCUUGUAUGAAAACUCCAAUAUGAAAAGUGUGUUUUUCUCUUAGAGGACAAAAAGGGAACUGUGGACCGGAGCUCUACAGUAAUUGCCAAAGACGCGGAAGGUAAAUAUUAUCCAUCACAAUGAUAAAAAUAAAAACCAUCAACCAUUAUAAAAUAUUUUCAUCGUUCACGAAAAACAAUAUGAACGCGGAAACGUGAAUUUUUUUUUUUCAUUUAAAAGUUAUAAUACACUAAAUAAAGACAAUAUUAUAAAAUAUGAAGUCGUUGUUUUUGAUAAACGACGAUUUUUUUUUUUUUUAGAUUCCGCUUUCACGUCGAUUUAUAUUACAUAUUACACCUAGUAAUAUGCGUAUAUCAUUUAAAACGAUAUAUGCAUAUUAUUAUUAUUAUUAUGCAGUCUAUAUACGCAUUACACACACACACACACAUCAAUCCAUCUCCGUAUAGAUAUAUUUAUAUACACGGCAUUAUGUGUACUGACGUUAUACAAAUAACUUUUAACCGUAAACGUUUUGUGUUUUGUAUGCAUUGUUUUAUCGUUGUUUUGUAACAUUUUUUUUUUUUUUUUGAAAAAUAAUAAUAACAAAAUUAGUAUCCGUAUAUGUGUAAGGUUUUUCUUUGGUUUUUAUCGUGCGGUUCCUUUUUAUUCGACACGGAAUACCGACCGCGCGCUCGUUUUUUUUUCGACACGAUACGUACCGUAUACCAUUAUAUAGGUACCUAUCAUUAAUACAUUAAUUGUCGCCCGUACACUAAAUAUUGUAUUUAAUGUAUACUUGCUCGUAUACAGUUAUUACACUCACGCCGUACUUACACUCGUCCUGCAUAUAUACUUACUGUCCGUUGAAAUGGCCGCCUCCACCCCCAUACACGAGUAUUGUUAUACUAAGCGUGUCGUUGUUUAAGGAAACGUUUUCACGCCGCCGCCGUCCCCGGCCCUGUCAUCCUCUUCCGCCGGAAGCGUGUUGGGCUGUUUCAAGAGUUCCGCAUCCACGUCAUUCGGAUCCAAGACGCAUAAUAAAUUGUCGAUAAUCACCACCACCGCCGCCAACAACCCCCAACAUGCCGUCACUCAAGGUCAGAAUUUCGCACGGACCCGCGUCAAAAAACGAAUUACGUGGUUACCGCUAACAGUAUAUAUACCUGCUUAACCGCGUGACGUGGUGUUCUAAUUGUUAACCACCGCCCACGGAUAUAUAAAACAAUUGACUGCUUACAUUUAUAGAUCGAUUAAGUUGACUUAUUCGGUUUCAAUCAACAUUAACCAAUCGGCUGUGUCCGAAUCGAGUCUCUAACCUUAGCGGUUUUGACAGUCUGCGAAUAGGUACACUAGUUGAGUCAAAUCUAUUUAUGUAGUACACAGUUUUCACCAGUAAACACUAAUAAUUAGAUCUAGACUUUUACAAACAAAUACAAGACAUUUUCCAGUUUCCUUCUCAAUUUUGCAGAUUCGGGACUGAUUAUAUGAUUAAUAGAUUAAUAAAACACAAAUAUGGCUUAAAAUGUUUUAUUUUGCUCGAUAAAUUAUUAUUCAAAAUUUGCGUCACGGAUGACAAUAAUUUAAACUUAGGCCGAAGACAUUCAGGAGAUAUUUUCGUGUGAGUUUCAAAUGAGUUCAUUGCUUGUAAUUAAAAUACACGUGUAUUAACUGUAACCGUUGCCUCACUUUUUAAAAGAGUAUAUGGUCUAAGAACUUUAAUAUUAGAAGGGGAUGUAGGGAGAGGACGGAUAAUUGCUAUUUUUUGUUCUCGCCAAACCAAAAAAAAACAGUUCAGUACUACUGAGUACCUAUAAGAAUAAUACUAAUAAGUACCGUAUUGUGAACCGGAUUCGUGUACUACUUGAAUUAAUUCGGGGCUCAAUUAUUAUAGAAUGAAUCCGUGAAAUAUUUGUUUCCACCAUGAAUUAUGUGAUAAUAUAAAACAUUUUCGAAAUUAAUCACACAUUAUCUCUCUAUUAUUCUAUCAUUCAUGUCGUAAAGUAAACAAAUGUUUCAUAGUUUAUCGGCUGCUGACUUCAUACCUCUUAUGGGACUCUAUCAUACAUAUUACUUCCAUUGUUUUAUAUAUCUAUGCAUACCACUAACACGAUAUAUACUUCCAAUUUUUCGCCGUUUUGACAUAACACAAUAACAUGAUAAUAUAUGUAUACGGUCUCGCCAACCCACUAAUAAACCUAUACGUGAGUUACGUCCAAACGAGUGUCAACUACUUACGCACGUAUACUUAUUACUUAUUCCGAGGUAUGUUAUUGUUGCAUGUGCGCAAUUAUCGAAGGCUUCAUAUAGGUUUUUUAUUUGAUUUUUUUUCUAUUUUUUUCAACAUCAUGAAAGUCAACUAUCACUAUACCGUACUAUACCGUACAAUAUAAUGUAGUCAGACACUUGGGAAAUAAAAUAUAUGUUUUUUUAUUUUUUUCUUUAUAUAUGCAGCUAUGCAGAGUUUCGAUCAAACUGAAAAAAACGAAUUUUCUGGUCUUAGUAAAAACUAUGGAGAUUAAAACUAAUUAGAUUAGUUCUGACUAUCGACUCAUCUCUGGCCUACCUUUCUUGAACGUUCGUUUCGUUUAAUUCUAUUUAUGCAUGUAAAAAGAUGAACUGUGGUAUCUAUGCUCAGGUUAAAUUUGCUGAGUCUAGAGACUUUACAUUUUACACAAAGGCAUAAAAUACUUCCACAGUUAAUCUGAGGUUAAUAGACUGAAAAAUUGCUGGACCGAUUUUUAUGCGGUUUUUCGCGAAACGAUCCGCGUUAUCAAAGGCAGGAUUUUAACAUUUUAGGUUUUAUUUUCUUAGUUUAGUUACGUAGCAAUAGCAAAUCAUAACCGGUCAGCUAUUUAAUAUAAAAUACGAAAAUAAUAAUUAAAAUUUUUUAUAUUUUUAAUAUAUCAGUGAAUACCAGCAGUAGUGUAUCCAAGGCGGGCUAAAGGGGCAUCAGUCCCUUCCCCAUUGGCCGCGUUAAAUACAAAAAAUAAUGAUAUGAACUAUCCAGCAUUGAAAAAUUAUCCAUAUAUCUAUUAUAAUUUCUAGUAUAUAAAAUAAAGUUCGAAUAUUGUUAACUUUUGGAUUUUGAGUGGAGCGAAGAAGCUUAUGGUUUUAUAAAAAAACUUUUUUUUUUUUUUUUCUGUGGACAACUUUUUUAUUAGCAAUUUUGCUCCAAUUUAUUAUGAUGACAAUUUUUCCAAAAGGAAAUUUGACUAGGGAAGUACUUUAAAGAGGUCAUUUUUUAAUUUUCUCGGGAGUAUUCUUAACAAAUGUGAAAAACCGAAAGAAAAAAAAGGGAAAAACUUAGAAAAAACGGGAAAAUCGGUACAUUAAACAAGUAUUGUUAAAGAAAAUAUAUAAUGCCUGUGUAAUUAUUUUACCAUAAUAUAAUAUAUAUAUUGUUGACAAAACAUCACUAUCAACUGAACUCCGCUCAGAAUCAUUUUUUUGUUAACAAUGGUUGCUUACAGAUAUACAUUAAAUUCCCGUCUAUAUCCUACCUUCCCAACUUCCCACCUACACCAGUGGCUACGCUCGUCCCCAUUAUCUCAUUAGCUUUUUUUUUAUUAAUACAAUGUAUUCUGAUAUCUCACUAUGUCGUAUUUUCUUUUUUCUGAUGACUUGUAAAAUUGUUCAUACGAUAAGGUCACAUGAUGACUGCCUCAUCCUCAAAAUCAUCAAAGACCAACUCUUGAUACAUUCACCAUACUAUGAUGUAUUACUUUAGAAUUAUCUCUGAACAUCACAACAUAAGUCUAAAAGUAUGUUUUCUAAUCGUACACCGCAGUCAGCGAUUACGUUCUACUAUAAUCUAGAUUAGCAGUCCCCACUACGCGGCUCGUACUAAAACUAAAUUAUACAUUAUACAAUUUAAUACUAUUAUAAAUAAAAUAAAAUAUGUAAUUUUUGAUUUAAGUAUAAUAUUAUAUGAAAUAACUUAUUUAUCUAAUCUUAUAUUAUUCUUGUUUAUUUUAUCGUUUCUACUUUUAUUGACACGCCGGUUUGACAAGAGACGUAGCUACAAUAAACAUUCAAAAAUUAUUAUUGAAUCUACAUUAAUUAUUUCUAUCACUCAGCGUAGUUUUGCCAUAUAGUCAUAUACGAAUAGUUCCGUCUUCAUUGUUAAUUUGAAAUUUAUCACGUUGUGUUAACAAAUUUAUUUUUGUUUUUAAUUAAGCUGUUAAUUUCUAAUCGUCUAUGAUGGCAAAACGUAAAAUAAAAGAACACAAAAUAGUUGAACAAGAUAGUUGGGAAAUGGAAUUUUUCUGUAUUUCUGGUAAGUUCUUUGUGUUUAAUUUGUUAUAAAUCUAUACAUAUUCCAAAAAUGUAUAAUAUUAAUCAUCACUAUACAACUCAACAUACUUAAUUUUUUUAAACUUACCGCCUCUUAUCUAGUUAAUUAAUAUUAAUUAGUUAAUUAUUUGUAUAAUGAAUUGUUUAUUUUUUUAUUAUUAAAAAAUGUAUGCGGCCCGCAAGUAAUUUUGAAAAUGAUUAUUUGACCCUUUCUUAAAGCCUAUUGGGGACCACUGAAUUCUUGAUUGUUAAUUCAACGCUUUGACGAAGUCCAAGAAUAAUUAAAGAUUUUGAUCAUUCAUUCAUUUAAUUUUCGCCGCCGUAUCGAUUUUUUGGAAAGACUAUUUCAAGGAAAUACCAUUAAUAUUUUACACUACUACUUCAGUAACAGGUUCGUCGUUUAAUUCGGUAACAAGUUUACUUUUAUGUGUUUACGUAUGCGACAUAUAAUCGUACGUAUGGUUAAAUUUUUUUUUUUUGGAGGAUAUUUAGCACUGUUUAAAUAUCUGUUAAAAUCAAACACAACCAAUCACAUUUGAAAUGUAAAUCAACAGAAAUGUGAGUCUUAGCUUAAUUGUACGUAAAAUUUACUAUCAGGUAUGCGAUUGUUUAGCAACUAUACCUAUAAUUGUGUAACUUGAGCUCAACAUGAUUAUCGACAACCAUAAUCAUUAAAAUACUAAUGUACCUACUAAAAACAACUGCACGUCCAAUUCAAGAGUCUUACAGUUUUAGAAAUUGGUAAACGUGUUGUUUGUACGAAUUAAUAUGGUUGUGAGUUUUUUGUAUAGAAUCCGUUUAAGAACUGAGUAAAAGAAUAUCGUUCAACAUAAUUUAUCAUGAAAAAAAACGGCGGCCAUAUUGUCAGUCAUGAGAUAGGCAUAGUAUUAAACGCAUAAUAAUCAUAAUUAUAUUACUAUUACGUUUUCGCGUUAAUAUUGAGAGUUGAGAAAUAUUUAAUAAUAGUUACGACAAUGUAAUUGAUUAGUUUCAUUAUUGUUGUGUCUUUUUAAAGCCCUUUUGUGUACCGCAAAACUUUUUUUUUCAGAUUAUUUUUAAUUGACACUGGUCGUACGGUUCGUAUUUACCUUAUGCAUGUAUAAUGAUUGGCACGUAAGAUAUUUUUUCCUUUCAGAACCUGUACCAUAAUUGUGCUACCCCGUUGAUAAAAAAUUCACUUUAUUGGACUCCCAGCUAAACAACAUUCAAUAAAAACAUAGUAAUAUACCUACGUAUUACUGUGGAUGCCAAAUUAUUACAGAAAAAAAAUAUAUUUAUUUCGUGUAUCUCUCGUGAGAAGUAAAAACAAAACCAUGAAAAUGAAAUCAAAAAAAAAAAAAAAUGUUGAAUAAUUGAUUAUAUAAAAUAAAAAUAAUAAAUAUUAUGUAUUUAAAAAUUAUCUUGCUGUUUGACGCAUACAUUGGUUACCUUAUAGCUUCAAGAAUUUCAUUUUCAUUUUUUGACAGUCAUAAUAACACCGACCUCGGCCAUCUGACAGCCGUUUGCCACUCAACAACCGACUGCUUCUGCGACCCUUACAUAAUAACUCAGUUUUUGGCCGUAAACCCAUUAAUCAAUCUAUCCAUGAUUGUUUAGUUUUUGUUAUCAUUAUUUUUAAGAUAAAAAUAAUUUCAUUUCAGUAAUUUCAGUUUAUAAAGAUAUACCUUUACCCCAAAAAAUGACAGUACCUAACUUUAUUUGAAUUAUUUAAAUAUAAAAAUGUCGAUUCCGAUAUAUCCACGAAGGGUUCCAAAAACCGGUAUAGCCACGGUUAUUUACAUAAUUUUUUCCCUUUAUAGUCGUCAAAUUUAAAUAAUAUUAUUAUUACUGUUAGAUUCGUUGCACACAUCUUCCUUUGCCUGACACUGUAUAAAAAUAUAUGUAAGUACACGUAUUCCCUGCAUUUACAGACGUCCCCCAUUUAUGAUUGUCAUACACUCAUAUAUUAUGUUCGAAUUGAUAUUUUUCGUUAAAACAAUAUUGUAGUUACGUUUGAAUUUCUAGUCCAAAAUCCGAAAGUAUAAUAUUAUAUGUGUUUGUGAAAUUCGCCAACUGAAAAUGUCACAAAAAGUAAUUACUUUUACGUACGUUAUUAUACUUAAAUUUGUCUGUGCUUAAAGGUCAUGGUGAGCAGUAAUUAUACGACCGUUUAGAUAAUAAAAGAAAAAAAACGAAAAAGACUGUGAAAUACGAUGAAAAAAUAAUUACCCGGGAACUCGGGAAUCGGUUUGAAUGAUAAUAUUAUGCUUUAUUGUAAUUCGUUUUGCAGCCUUUUCGACAUGUUUACUCAAAAUCCGACAACGGUGGUUUUUAUUAUUAAGUAUAUUUAGUGAUGUAUUGGAGGGUGUACGUAGGUAUACGACGUACAGGUACCCGGAUCCCUAUUUUCGGAUUUAUGCGUAUACCUAUAAGCAAAUUCGUUGAUUAUGGGUAUACGCCAACUAAAAAUAUGUACAUUAAAGGUUAACCUAACCUACGCGACUUUAUUUUAUCGUCACAAUACUAUACUAACCGGUAGUCAAGUUUAAAAUAUAGAUCUUCAUAGAGAACAUCCCGCUGAACCUAUAAUACUGUCAGGUUAUAAUUCACUUUCAAACUAAGUCUAUAUACGUUUACACUAUUUAACACAUAUAUAUUAAAUCACGAUUCGAUUGAAUAUUACUAACUUCGAAAUUUCGGUUUAAAUUUUAAAAUAAAUUAAUAGUUCUGCGAAUAUUUGUUAAAAACUAUUGCAAAAAUAAAUUACCAAUAUAAAAUGUCAGAAGUAUGCAGCCAGUAAAAAAUUAUUUACGAUAUGACACAUACACAUCUAGGCGAUGUAUCGGUUUAGUGAGGUGGUUAGGUAGUUUGAUGUAUAAUAUAACGAAAAAAAAUUGGGAGUUUAUUAAACCCCUUUUAGAUGUGUAUAUUAAUGACUUUAUUUACCAAUACACCACUUGGUUUAUCGUAUACAUAGUAAUUACAUAUACAUACAUAACAUUACAUAUUUUUUCACGAUAAAUAAUCUGAGAUUUCGUCUGUUUUUUUAAAAAACUUACACAGUAAAACUAUGUAUUAAUUUUGAAAACGUUUUGAUCGCAAUUCUAUGACUCAGACACUGAAUAACUUAGGAUUUUUGAAUUCAGUUAUUAAAACGCCACAAAACGAACGAUGUCCGAUUUUAAAUUAUUAAAUUUCUAUUCGGGUAGAAUUAAUUUGCGAAAUUUUGGCCGAUUUGAAUGUAUUUUUUCUGAUUUCUAAUUGCAUCGGUUAGUGAGCGACAAGCGAGACAAAAAUGGUCGUCAUCGACACCUUUCUUGAUUUAUUUUACGGGUAAGAAUAGUAUUUAUGUGUGCGUCGUUAAUAUUAUGGCACAAUAAAUUAUAGUAAUACGUUUGUUUUUGUUUUUUUUUUUUCAUAAAAUUUCAGUGGCGGACUCUUUGAAAAUUACGGGAUCAGUUAUUUCAAACGUAGAAUUGAUAAAAAUGUAACAAAUAGUUAUUAAAAUCUGACGGUGUUAACUCUUAUUUUUUCAACUCUCUCCCUACGAAUAUUUUCCUACGUCCAAUUCCAUAAUAUUUAACUUCUUCCAGCUACUAUUGGAGGACAUUUUUAGUGCUCCCCUCUGAACGCCUACAGAUUCAUUUUUCUCGUAAACGUUCUUAUAGAUACGAUACCCAGUAGACCCGUAAUUUUAUACAUUUUAGUAUUAACAAAACAUAUGUGAAAAAAAUAAUCUGUUUAUACAGUUGUUUUUAUUUUGAUUUUUUUUUUUGAUUUCGCAUCGCAUUCGCACCACGUCACAUAAAUAUACCGUCUACAACCCAGACAUGCAAUAAUUAUUAUAAUAUAGAUAAAUUAAUCGCCGCGUUAUUCAUUAUAUAACGCUGUAAUGUACGCGUAAGGUAUGUCAAUUAUCGUAUUAAAAAUUACUAUUUUAUUGUUAAUAUUUUUUUUCAACCGUUCGGUGUGUAUAGUGUCGUUUUGUAUAAUACCGAUAUACUCGAAUUCGAAGUGUUUUACGAACAAUAGAACGAUAUAAUAUUGUUAACACGCCGCCACUGCCGCCGCCGCCGCCGCCCAGUGUCGUUCCGCGGUCGUCGUCGCGUCUCGCGCGUAUUUCUCUGGUCUCUCGCGGGCGCCGAUUUAUUGCACGACCGCCGCGACCACGACAUUUGACCGCGCAGGUAAUAGCUGGUAUAAUACCCGGUGAGUGGUACAACAACAACAACAAUAAUAAUAAUAAUAAUACGCGCAGACGAUAAUGCGUAACAAAUAAUACUGUAAUACACGUACGUUAAACACUCGGCAUGCGCGUCGCGACGACACACUCGGUAUUACGCCCCGCGGUUUAUAAACCGUAAACCCAAUAUUAUCGUAUUAUUUUUAUUAUAUACAGAGAGAGACGUGUCCCCACUUCGUAUAUAGACGCAGUGUAUUACCCGUCACCCCACUCCCGGCGUGCGUACCCACCAGGCCUGUAUGUAGUAGUAGUAGUAUGGUGUUGUGCUUUUGCAGUAAAUGUCCCGACGAACCGGCCGUAGAACGUCUGGAACCCGGUAACUCGAUGGAACCGUUCCGUCCGACGGCGGCAGCGGAAGAGGACGCCUGUAAGUAUUAAAAAAAAAACAACAAAAAAGUACAUUAUUAUGCUGCAUAAUACGGCUAUCUACCCACCCACCCCUCCGUCAACUAUAUAAUAAUAUUUACGACUUAUACCACCGCCGCGAUACGUCACUUGACCUAAUACGACCGAUACUCGACGUCUGCACUAAAUUAUAUACGGUGUACUCGGAUUGCUAAACAGGGCCAGUAUCCAUGGUCACCUUGAGUGACGAGAAGUUGCGGUGAGUUGCAAAUUAAUUGUUUUUGUUUUCUGUUCCGCCUGUAACCUAUAUGAAAAUUAUAUUUGAGGAUGAAUACUUUUUGAUCCUCGAUGGUUUUUUGAUCGAAAUUCCCUCUCUCCUCAAUUUACGGGAAUCCGAUAAAACAAUGCAUACCUAUAAUACGACCGUCCGAAAGUCCUUAAGAAUGAUAAAAAAAAAAAUUCACGCUAGACAGAUUUCGUACGUAUCGAUUUUUUCUUGAACUUAUUAAAACUUGUAAUACAAUUUUAGCGUUUAGGAUUAGAAAAAAAAAACAAACGCGCAUCGACGACGGUGCGUGUUCAAUAUUUUUUUGUUAUACCCGUUUUUCGUCUUUUGCAUUUUCUUUUUUCUUUUUAUGUUUUAUUCUCUCACCACGUUUUCGCUAAAGACGUGAGGAUUGUCUGUCCCAACAAGACAUUCUCGCAGCACUCGACUAACUCUUGCGGUUCAGGUGAGUCCAAAAAAAAAAAAAAUCAAACAAUAUACAAAUAUAUAGAUAGUAUUUUGUAUUAUUAUUAUUAUCACAUUUUCCCACACGGUAAUAUUAUUAUAUAAUGUACAUAAUUAUAUAUAUAUAUAUAUAUAUAUAUGCGUUUUGUUGACAACCCGUUUUUUUAUCUUUAGAUUACCUAUAUAUUUACAUUUAUAUACUAUUAUACCUGUAUAUUAUUAUACCUAUUAUUUUUUUAAUAUAUAUACGUUUUUUUUUUUGUUUUUUUUUUUAUUAACAUUCCACUCGUAUUGCGUUCAAAGCUUUUAUUAUUACUUCUCUACCUAUAUACCUAUUAUACUUUAUUUUAUAUUAAUCAUUAACACAAUAAAACGUGUUUUUUUGUAUUUUUUGUUUUGUUUUUUUUUAUUAUUAUUUACUUAUAUUGAUGUUUUAUAAAACGUCAUAAGUAAUAUAUAUAUAUAUUUAUAAUAGUAAUAUCAUAAAAAGCAUAUAAAUAAAUGAUACAAAAUAAUACAUAUACUUACCAAUAUCAAUUAUUAUACUUUCCAGUUACCUAUACUGCAAGUGUGUAUGUUACACAUUAACAUAAUGUAUAAUAAUAUGUUUAACCGUCAUGUUGUUUCAGCCCGCAAACAAGAAAUCGUUAAAAUCACCGAACAACUCAUCGAAUCGAUCAACAACGCUGAUUUCGAAGGAUAUACGUACGUGUAUACUCAUAUAUAUUAUUAUAUCGGACAAUCUCUUAAAAACAAAAAAAAAAUACAUAUUUUAUCUUAAAAAAUCCGGAUUUUGCAAUCAGUGAAAAUUGAUUCGAACAAUUUAUCUAGAUUCUAGAUACCGUUUUUCUAAAACUUAAAAAUUAAAUACAGUAAGUACAUCGGAUUUUUUCCUGGGUUAGGUACUUGAAAGGGGAAAAUAUCACGAAUCUAUAACUUAUAAUAAAUCCAAUAUUAUUACCACUUUACUGAACCCCACUCAAAAUCGUUUUUGACUGCAUUAAUUUAUCGUUCUUUCAGUGUGUACAAAAUAAAUUCAUCUAUGUAAUAUUCCUUCCUGACUUUCCACACAAUUAAAAUAUAAUAUUCAAUAAUUCAAGAUUCAUAUGAAUUUUUGGGCGGGGAUCAACAGCUCCUCGAAAAUUUAGACGUUAUAAUAAUUUAUAACUUAUAGCGUAUAAUUAUAUAAUUGACGAUCGAUCAAAUUAUACGCGUUCGUGGAUACUUGAAAUCAAAAAACAAUCAUUCGCAUUACCAAAACAAUUAUACAAAUAAAUCAAAUGUUCUUUUUCAGAAAAAUCUGCGAUCCGCAUAUGACGGCAUUUGAGCCAGAAGCGCUAGGUAACUUGUUGGAGGGCAUGGAGUUCCAUAAGUUCUACUUUGACCACGGUAUGACGGUACCUUCUAUAGUAGUCUACCGGUUUUUACGUCAAUAGUUAACAUAAGCGAGUACAUGGUUCACUAGGUCGAGUAUAGAAUCCGUUUUGACAGUUUUAGGUAAAAAUCGAGGCAUCAACACGACAGUGCUGAACCCGACUGUGCAUUUACUCGGCGACGACGCGGCUUGCAUUGCAUACAUUAUACUCGUACAGUACAUCGACAAGUAAGUCGAGUUUAACGUAAUGCCGGUACAUUAUAAUUUAUAAUAUUAUACCACAUGAAAAUUCACCAAUAGAAACUGUAUCUCUAAACAUUUAUGCAGUGUUUCAUUGGAUUCACAACACUGCAUUUGGGCCAACUGUACAGAAAACUCGUUCGGCUAUAAUCCCUCGAAUUUUUUGUUUCACCACAAACAAGUCAAACUACAAUUUAAUAUUAAUAAUUAAUGAAAAUUUUUCAUUUCGUAUUAUGAACUCCUUUAUUCCUGUAAAUUUUUUCAAUAAUGUAAUCAUUUUUUCGCUUAUUUAAUUGUUACCUUAGGUUGUUAUUAUUUAUUGGUUUAACAACAAUAAAUAUCUAUUAUUGUUAUAAUUUUUAAUUUUAAUUGGUUUCACUGUGAUGGUUUUUUUUUAUGUGGGUCUGUGAACAACUUUUCUACCAGAAAUUAUACUCCGAAUUUCAAAUGUAGCAUCCCUUCUGAAAGAAAAGUAGUCUAGUUGAUGCAUUGAGAGAUCUAUAUUUUGUCAUUUUUCUUAAUAAUUAGGAAAACCAGGAAAAUUUACAGCACUAGCGGUUUAAUUAUUUUCGAUUUUUGAUUGUAGUUUGGUUAAAAAUAAUCGUAAAAACCUGAAAUUUGUUCAAAAUAUUGGCCUUUUCUAGACUCGGUAAAAGGCUCAAAACAUUCUGACAAUGUUUGAACUAUUAUUAGGCAUUUGACGUUUUCUAUUAUUUUUUAAAAAUUUUAUUUGAUUUAUUUAUUUGUGAAUAAAAUUAUUUUGAAGAAAUACUUAACAAUUUUAUACGAGAUAAAUCAUAAGUUAAAAAAAAAAUUGAGCGCAUUAAUAAGAAAUUUUUUUUUAUUAUCACUUAAGUUUAAAUUUUGAUUAAAAUCGUAAAAAUUACAGCAUCCCACAAAUAACGCCCUUCACCUUCCCAACAGUUCAUCUACAACAGGGGCAUACCCAUUAGCAGUAUCAGUUCCUUUUUAUUUUUGGUUUUGGUAAAUAUCAUUAUCUCGCGAACCUUUGAUUUCGUAGUCACCUUUCGACCGUUAAACUCGUGAUGACUAAUUUCGUUUAAAAUGUACACGAUAAAAGUCUAAACAGCAGUUGUCUUACCCUUGUUUAUUUUAUUUUAGACAAGGGGUUCCUAGAUCGCACCAGUACGAAGAGACAAGAGUAUGGCACAGACGCGACAACAAAUGGCAAAACGUACACUCUCAUCGAUCCGCGUCGGUGGCAUCAACCAGCAACGCAUUUUCGCCGUCCGCUAUCAGUAAAUAAUAAAUACCGAUCCACGACGAAAAACGUAUACAAUGAACGAAGAACAAACAAAGAAGCCCACUAAUAUAACAACGUUUUUGUUCCUUUUUCUCUCUUUUUUCUCUCUCUCUCUCUCUUUCUCUCUCUCUUUCUCUCUCUCUUUCUCUCUCUCUUUCUAUAAUAUCUGUGUUUACUUUUUGUUUAAUUUUUUUUUUCCAUUUUGACUGAUUUUAAAGUUGAUAAUAAUUAUUGUUGUAUUAUGUUCUAUAUACGUUUAUGUACUAUACGGAAUCUGCGUGAUGUAUCUGCAAUAUAUUAUGCACACACAUACAAUUUACAACCUAUAUAAUAUUAUGUAGUUGAAAAGCUGCCAACAAAGUGAGCAACUACAGAGCCGUGUACCUUCAACAUUUAAAAAAAUUGAUUUUUUUUUUUUUUAUAUAUAAAAAACGUAAGAAAAAAUGGUUCGUGAUUAAUAGCAAAAGACUAUAAAAAAAUAUAUAGCAUAAAAACGCACUCGAUUAUUAUUGAAUUUCAAAAAAAAAAAAUUGCACAUUAUACUUAUAACAUUAUUAUAUUCUAAAAAUGUCGAUAUUUAUGACGAUUUGUUUGUUUUUUCAUUUAUUUUCUUGUAAUAAAAUAUGCCAAUUCUUAUAACAUAAUAUAUCUAUUUCAUAUAAAAUCUUCUAUCUAUUUCUCUAAAGUAGUUUAGGUAUUAUAUAGUUAUUAGACACCCAUAUCAAAAUAUUAUUAAUUAUAAUAUUAUAAUAAUUUAUACUCGUAGUCAAUUAAAAAUUACCAAAUCGUUUUUAUUAUUAUUAUAUAUAAGCACUUAUAAAGCUAUAAGAGAUUUUUAUUAUCUAUUUUUUUUCGGCGCAACGUCUUCAUAUAAAAUCACUUUCUGCAUUUUAUUAUAAUAAUAUCGCAGUCGUACCUAUAAUUUCCUUCAUGUUUAUCAACCGUAUAAUAUUUUGUGUUCUUAUGUAAUAUUGAUACACAUGGUUUUUUUUUUCAUUGAACUUUUUUCACGGCGAAUCUAACAAAAAACAUAAAGGUAUAGCAACGUGGUUGAAUGUAUCGAAAAAUAUACGACUAUACUUACGCACAAUGGUCGCACUGCGCAAGUAGUGACAGAUUUAAUAGGUGGCUGGGAUGGCGUGAUGAUCACCAUUCCCUCUUGGAUUUUUUGUUGUCUUUAAAUUUAAGAAGUCCAGUGGUGUACGAACGUUUGAACAUAAACAAUUUCAGAUUCCCCCCUUCAAUUUUUGUUCAAUAUCUAUACGAUACCAAUUCGUCCACUCUUAAAUGAGCUUCAACACUGCUUUCAGGAACACGCAUAACUUCGUUGUUCACUUCAAUUUUCACUUAAAUAUUAUUGCUAUACGUCAUCGCAGUUGUAUAAUAUUAUAUAGGUAUAUAAUAUAUAUAAUAAAAAGUGGCGACACAUUUACGAUUUGUUUUUUUUUUUUUGGGGGGGGGGAGAAACGGAGCACAUUAACAAAAUUUAGACGGCCAAAUAUUUAAAUUGUAUAAGACGUAAGUCAAACGUACCAUUAUUACAUAAAAGUGGGCGGAUGUGGAUACUUCCAAUACCCCUCCUUCAACCUCCUCCCCAUAAAUACGCCAUUGAUAAUAUAUUACGUUCCUAAAAAACAGAAAUUUUACAUAAUUUUUUUUUCCUAUCACGUAAUUAUUUUUCGCAUAUUAUUUAUUAUUGUGUUUUCGUCAUCGUAUCGAAAUUUCAUAAUACAUACAAUUGUAUUAAUACUUAUAAUAUAUUCAAAUAAUAAAUUAUACGACACAUAUCUUUCAUUAUUAUAAAAAUGCAUUAUUCGAAGUAUUUUAUAACCGAUUGGUUAUUUUUAAUUCUAUUAAAUAUUAUAUUAUACAAAUAUUAAUAAAAACUGCUUAUUACAACGAUUUAUAUUUUUUCUUUGUACGUUCGAUUCUAUAAUAUAAAUUAAUAAUAUUCUAUAAAAUAAGUAUCUAAUACGAUUACAUCGCGAUAUAUAUUAACAUGUGCACAUGUGGUUUUUUUUCGAAAUGAUAUACAAAAGUAUGCUUUUUAUUGUUAUAUAUUAUAUAUUAUAUAUAUAUAUAUAUAUAUAAUAUACAAUACCACGAAUGCAUAUAAUAUUUUUUAAAAACAAUUUUAAAAGGUAUUACAUUUUUUUUUAUUCAGUUUUUAGAAAUAAAAUUUGACAUCUAUCUCUAUAUAUACUUACCUAUAUAAUAUUAUUCGUAUAUACAAUGAUUUAUUAAUAAUAAUAUUAUGUAAAUCAUUUUGUAUAAAACAUAAUAUUAUACAGUUUCUUUUAAUUAAUUAUAAUAAUAUUAUAUUAAUUUAUGUCGUUCUCUCGUCAUCGCCUCACACUUUGUACAAUACUUAAAAUUAUACUUAUACAUAUAUUAUAACUAAUUAUUAUUAUUAUUAUUAUUAUUAUUAUUAUUAUUACUAUUAUUAUUAUUACUAUUAUUCUAGUCAAACGGAAUUUUGUUUUUUUGUUUUUUGUCAUUUUAUAGGGUUUUUAAAAAAAUGUAUAUUCUAUAUGAAAAUAUUAUAUUAUUAUAUAAUUAUAUUAAAAUCGAGUUUAAACCGAUAUCUAUUAAUAAUAAUAUAUUUUAUCCUCGACUGCGACUGAUAUAUGAUUGAUCAGUGUAGAUGACUUAAUACAUUUUACAAAAAAAUUUCACAUACAUGAUGAAUGUGUGUACAUUAUUAUAUAGUUAAUAUAAUUAUAAUCUUUUUUUUCUUAAUUAAUCAUUUUUUCGGUAUAUUUAAUAUACCUAUAAUAUUAAAUUAUUAAAUAGAUGAGAACUUUUAAAAAUUUAAAAAAAAAAAUAACAAGUCUACAUAAAAAUAAUAUAAUAUAUUAUGAUAAAAAGACUGGUGCUUAUUUAUUGUGUUUUACUAUUACUAUAUAAAAAUAAAAAUAAUAAAUUAUUAUAUUAUGCUUUCUUUUUUUUAAUUUUCUUUUUUUGAAAACAUAUUUCUGGUACCUAUAAUAUAUAAUUGUCGUGCCGUUUAUAGCAGAUUUAAAAUUAUUAUAAUUAAUCAUAAAUAACAUUCGAUUCGAUAAGUAACUCAAGAAAAAAAAAUGUGUUUAUGUAUUAUUAUUAUAAGUUAUAUAAUGUUUUCAAAACACCAUCAUAAUAUAUUGAUCACAUUCGCGAUUUAUUUAUUACUUGUAUUAUUAUUAUUAUUAUUAUUAUUAUUAUUAUUAUUAUUAAUACAUUUAUUAUAUUAUAUUCAUUACAUAGCUCUGAAAUUUUGUUAAUUAUUAUUACCUAUAUACUUACUAUAUUAUAUUGAUUUUGAAUUUCUAUUGCCAUUAUUAUUAAUUAUUUUUAUCAUCGUAAUAUUAUUAAUAUAGUAUAUUAUUAAAAUAUAAGUCGUUUGGACAAUGCAAAAUAUUAUUGUAUGUUUGUUCGUAUUACGUGAAACACACGAACACGUAUACACAAAAAUAAAAAAAGAAACAUGAGACGACCACGUUUAAAAUAAAAAACCUAUUAUGUCGCGUAUAAACGAUUCAAUUGUCAACAUUUUUUUUUUGUUUUUUUGUGUUAGAAACUAUUUUCGAUCGCAAAUAUAAAUACAUACUUACAUUCACAUUUCUACCAUAUAAGCCACUGCGGCCGUUUUAUAUAAUAAUUCAUUAAUUAAUAUUAAUAUAUCAGCUGUAUUUCUCUUAUUACCGUAUAUAUAAAAAUCAUUGUUGUUUUAAACGUCAUAAUAUUAUAUAAUUAAUUAAAUAAUUUUAUUAUUACAAACAUUAUACAUUUACCUAUUGGAUUUCUGAACAACAGUCUGUGUUUUUAAUUUGAUUCCUACUCAACGAAUACAUAAAACAGUCGCCCGAACGAUCAGCGCGAAUAUUGCAAUCUUGACCCGUUUCCGGCAUGUAGGAGAUUGCGCGCGUGCCCAACUGUCUUAUGAUACCAUACAACGGUGAAAUUCGGAAAAGCAGAUCCACCUUUCAUUUCGAACCGAAACUCUCAUUCCGAUCCCUUCCUGU